GUGAGGGUUUGCUGUCACUGUGUGCUCUGGGAACGUGGACAGAGAGACUGACUAUAGCAGGUAAUGUAUAUACAGAGUCAUCAAACAGGAAACACAGCCACACUGAAUUAAAGGGAAAUAUUAAAUGUUAAUCACAUCCAUGCACUGUAGGAAAGGCUGCCUGUGCUGUAAUAAUAAUAAUAAUAAUGAGAUAUAUGAGCAUGAGGAGUCCUAACUCCUUGUCAUUAUUCCCCAGGAAUAUUCAUAGAAUAGAAAUAUAUGGAGUUUUAGUGGGCAGACAUGUAUCUGAAUCAUAAAUACAGCACUACAUAUGUGUAACAUAAAUCAGGGAUAUGAUAUGCACAUAAUUAAAGUGGUUAUGGUUGCUGGCAUUGUGCCCCCAUAUGACUUCUUCCUUUUUUUAAAUGUAUUUUUUUUUUUUUUUUAUUGUUUUGGUAAUUCUUUAUUUUUGACGUGCAUCGAAGGAUUAUAAGCCACAGAGAUUAAUAUCCAGCAGAGAAUGUGAUAUUAUUAUUAUGUUAUUAUUUAUAUAGCGCCAUCACAUUCCGUAGCGCUGUACGUAUUAAAGGAAAACAAGAUUAUUACAAGGCAUACAAAUGGUCAGAGGAAGAGAAUGUAGAGGGGAGAGAAGGUCCCCUCGUUGUAUUUUGCAUUUUUGUUUUUUUUCUGUUUCACAUUGAGGAUGUACUGUAAUGUCUGUCUAUAGUAAAAGGCUGUCCUUAAAGCUUUUCAAUGGCUUCUUAUUUCAGCAUACAUCAAUUGAUAUUGUAAAAAUACAUUGGACCUGUUUUUUGUUUUUUUUUGUGCUUUGUUUACAUAAAUGUGUACAUAGUGAAAUUAUUGUGUCUUUUUUUUCCCCCCAUGAGAUAAUUAUACACUCCGCUAAUAAAAUGUAAGCCAGGUGACAAGUACUAAAUGUUGUGCUGUCGACAGGAACAUGUCUUUAGUUUGUAUGGUGAUUGCUCCAUAAUUUGAAUUUCGACAUUUAAAAAAAAUUUAAGAACUGACCUGAUAAACAUGGCAUUAGGCUCAUAUUCUAAAUUUUUGCUCUCUCUGCGUCGUCUAACCUCCUCUUGCACUUGUCCGUAUCUGGAGUGUUUACUUUUUCUGUUUUCUUGUACUGUUUUAAUGUUUUUUCUUCCUGUCUAUUGGCUUGUCUUAUACCUUAAUCACUUUCCAUUUAUUUCCCUGCCGAAUGAAAAAUCAAUGAAAAUUACUAUUUUGAGUCAUCUAUAACUGAUGGUACCAUAUAUACAUGUUAAUGUGUAUGAGAUGAGUAAUUUCAGUAACAAUUAAUACAUAUUCCAUACCAGCUCUAUGAGUUAAUCUAUGUUAUUAUUUAUGUUUAAUAACAUUUAUUCAUGUUUUUCCCCCCUCUAGUUCUUGUGUAAAGUCGGAAGGAUGCGAAACCUAAAGUUAUUGAAAUCUCUGCAUUGCGCUGCGGCUGAAGGUGUUGGCUUGCCACAGUGCUGUUCUGUACGUACCGACACCGGUACAGUACUGAUCGGAUCAGGCUAUGGCUUUGUGGAACUGGAUCCCAAAACAGAGCAGGUAUAUCUGCGCUAUUUAUAACUAGUUAAUUUUAAAUUUUUUAACAUUUUUAGAAGUUAUACCCUCACAUAAAAAAAUAAAACAUGCAUGUCUUUUUUUUCUGUAUAUUUUCAUAAUGGCUAUAUGAGACAACGGUUUGUAACAGCUGCAGAACUAUAAUUUCUCUUCCCCUCCACUUUAUCCCAGGCACUUUUAGUCUGUGCCGGGGUUUACACCAAUCAGAGGCGACCAUGGCUUUCCUAUGCUUCUCAAUGAGCUGUAGUAUAGAGAGGUGUUUCAGCAAAGAUUUAUGUAAGUGCUGAUUUGUAUUGAAAUUGUCACUGUUACAAAUUAUCAUAUAUAUGACAACUUCCAGACACAUAAGGUUCUUCAGCAAGCUUAAAUGGUUUAUGUGUGUGACGUAUUCAUUUAAAUAAUGUUUCAAUUUUAUAAUGUUAGGUUACCUGCACAAGACAAGGACUGUGUUGUGUUUGUUUGUUUUUUUUAAUUGAUUUUUUAUUUUUUUUUAUUUAUGUUGCUUGAUUCUAAAACAGCAAUAACUCUCUAAGGUAGCUUACCUGUUAGUUCAGUUAUUCAUGCCAUUAACUUAGAAUUAACUUUGGAUUCUGUGCUUACUAAAUAGCCCUGUGAAAAUACCUGUGUCUCUACCUAUUCUACUAACCUUGUCAUUUCUCCCUUAUUCAAUAUAUUAUUUUAGUUUCUAAACAUGUACAUCCGGCUCCCCCAGUUUUUGAAAUAUAUGUCACCUCUACAUUAAUUCUGGAUAGUUUGAGUCUUGGCUGAAUAGCAGCAAUGUAUCUGUUGAUAUCACUUUAUUUUCAAUACAUUAUUAGUGUAAACAAUUGUUAUUGCAAGAUUUUUUUUUUUUUUUUAAAUUCUUUAUUUUUGUUGUGCACAAUAGUAACAAGUAGCCCUGGUGCGCCACAACAGCGGCAUCAGGAUAGGUUGGAAAACAUUUGCUAUACAGGUUGUGACAUAUGCUAGUCAGGCACAAAUUUUAGGUUAUUAGAAUUAUCAAUUCAACAGUGUAGUUCUCGCUUUUGCUAUUAUAAAACAUCAUUAAAACAAUAUUGAGGCAUCACUUGGAACAGUGCAAUAGAUGUUGUUUUAAGAUAGUAAUUCGUAGCUCAAGCUAUUUCGUUUAGACUAUUUUGCUGCUGGGUAUGUGAUAACAUGCUAAUCUACUGCAUCUUAACUACAUGUGGACAUAGAAGUGACUAUCUGUCCCUAAGCUAAACAAAAAAUAAAUAAAUAAAUAAAUAACUAGGUAGUCUGUGGCAUACUUCACGACAUCUCUGUGUACCUAGGCUAUAAGUUUGCCAGCAUUGUCCGCUUAAACACUUAGUCCAUGCAGUGCUAGUUAUAUUUACUAGUCGUGGGUAGUCCAUAUGUUGAUGGUUGUUGCCGGCUGUGAAUGUGCCCUCCAGAUGCAAGUGUGCCAUGAUUACUUGAGAGGCACAGAGGCAGGCUCUUCAUCCGAUGCCCAAUGCAUGAACGUGUCUCUUGCUGUCAACGUUGGUCUCCUUGAAGGCGUCCGCACGCCGGGGUCCAGCUCCAGUGGUGUUCAGUGGGGUGUUCAGCCAUGCAGCUCCCCGGUUUGCAGCUGUGACUUGGAGGCAUGGAGGUGAGCUUUGCUGGACGCCGGUUCCCGUCGCCGGUGAAUAGCUUAUGUGGGAGGCUGCUUUGGUAGUCUCGUUCUCGUGAAUGUGGGGACCUGUGUGCUUUCUCCUGCUGCUUGGUGGUGUUUUGCCCCUUUGGGCUCGUCGGGAUUUGCAGGGUCUGGCUGCCGUUCUGGUUGCUUGUGGUGGAUGCCUAUAAUGGCGCCGCCGGGUCACUGGACGCAUCCAUGUGGCCACUAGUUUCACCGCCAGACGGUAAGUCAUUCCACGGUCGCUCAGCAAGGUCCAGAGGCUCGCACAGAAUCGGUCGAAUUCCCCCAGGGGGUUCGAGGUUGGUUGAGUGUGUACUUGGUUUGUGGGGCCCUCGCUGGACGGCCAUCUUAGCUGUUUCCCAGUGACCCAAUGCGUGCUCGUGCUGUUCUGGCUGUGUAGGACAGACACUUCUAUAGUCGGUUCGCUGUGUUCCAGGCUUUAGUUGCCGGGAUAUCCCUCUCCGGCGGGGGGGGGGGAGGAAAUAUGCCGGGGAGACCUCCAGAUAAGGGGUUGUCUGUAGGCUUUCUCUGGUAGGCCUCAGGUCGAUCCCCAGUUAGGAGCCUCCGAUUUUGGUCGGGAUGCUUGUUGCUUGGUUCUGCAGUGUUAGGGCUCCCUUCUCCAGGUCGCCUAGUUGUCAAUUUGGUUAGUUUGUGCCCUGAUUCUGGCCGUUUGAGAGAGCUUUUGCACGGAGCUCAUCUCCAGUGCGACCGCUCAGCAUGGCAGCUUAGCUCCGCCGUUAUUGCAAGAUUUUUAAUGGGAUUAUAAUUCUGCAUAUUUAAAAUGAAGGGGAAAGGGAUAAGUAUUUUUGAUGUAACUAGAAAGUGGAAUAAUGGAUUUUGGAAAAUUUAACUUUGAUAUCAUUUUCUCAUACAGAUUACUUUAGAUGUCUCUUUGACAGCAGAGGGCUUUCUCCCAGACGAUGGCAGUGGCAGUGUUGUUGGGAUUCAGGAUGUUUCUGAUCAAGAGUCGGUGUGUCUUGCCACUGCGACAGGUGAUGUCAUACUCUCAAACCUGAAUACCGGGCAGGUAGGUGUCGAUUUGCUGUUUUGUUAAACCACAUGGCGUCUUCUGUGACAUAGAAACAUGCAAUUAAGAAAUCAUUCUGUAAAAGGGACAAGUUGCAUGCAUAUUGAAGCUUAAGGGGAGUCACAAUAAAUGAAUACAUUCUAUAGGAAAGAACUGGAAAGUUUCAUGCAUGCCCACACUCAAAAUGUUUAUUCUGUUGCAUAUAAGUGAUGAUGUAUGUGUUUUGUAUGCAUGCUCAUGGUGUCAGUGUUAAUUACGAAUGUAUGAAAGAGCAAUGAUUGGCUGGAAAAUGUACAGUCAAGUCUUUGUUACCUUUUCUCUUUUUUAAAUUUUUUAAAAUUUUUCUUAACGCUCUACUUUGAUUUUAUAUAUAUAUAUAUAUAUUGUGUGUUUUAGUGUUAUAUAUAUGUUUUCCCCCUAAUUUCCACUGUUGCUUUCAUUGUAAUUUCAAAGACAUUGACAACUGCAGAUUUCCCUUUAAUUGAAAACGAAAUCAGUAUGCUUUUAGUAUAAAUAUAACACAGUAUAUGUUGUUCAAAAUUAAGUUGUAGUUAGGUUAAAGUGUUACUCCAAGCAUCAUAAGCACUAGUGCCCGCUGGCCAAGUUCCCUGUUAAUGGGCAAACCGUUUAGUAACAGUUAUUCCACUUACCAUGGUCUCCUCCAGGCUCCGUGGCACCCUGGUGGUCUGCUGACGCGCUUCCGUCUUCUGCAGAGCCACAGAAGGAAUAUGCCAUGGCUGAGAGCAUCAGCUGAAAAACUCUCAGCUAAUGACUGACAUUCUAUGCAAUGAAAGUUACACAAAAUUGACUUUAGCCAGCUUGGAACUCUGGUUCUGGGCUGGCUUAUGGCACCCCAAUUACUCUACUGUAAGUGGAGUUACACCUCAGACAGACAGAUUAAACUCCAUAUGUGGAGUGUUUCAAACUGCAGUGUUGCACAUACAGACCUCAGGCACUGAAGUGGUCAUGGUUCUUUGAGUAAACCUUUCAUUCUCUGACUGGCAUUUAGUGCUAAAAUAUAGUGCUGAAUGGAUUUGUGCAUUAUUUGGGAUCAAAAUUCAGUUUGGGAAAGUGAUUCGUCCAUUUUUACCGGCUUUCCUUCCAGCUGGAAUGCGUGGGCAGUGUCGAUAGUGGUAUUACUACAAUGAGCUGGAGUCCAGAUCAAGAGUUGGUUCUGCUUGUCACAGGUAUUUACCAAACAUAUGCUUGGACUAAUUAUCUAUAUGCCUUGGUAACAUUUAAUGCAGGGGGUGCCCAAAUGUUAGGCCCCAGAUGUUUUAAAACAGUUUCUGUGAUGCUUUGCCAUUCUAAAGCCAUGUAAAGCAUCAUGGAGUUGCAGUUCUACAACAUCUGGGGAUCUAUCUUUUGGGCACCCCUGAUUUAAAGGUAUUGAUGAGUGGCUGACAAUUAUUGAAGAAGCAUAAUUAAGUCCUUUAUUAGAAUAAGAAGGUCUUAUGCUUCUAUUACAACGGAAAAUAGUUUUGAGUCUCCAGUUAGACCAUAUGCCCUGUAAAAGUUCAGAACUGUUGUGAUAUGACAUGAGUUUUUUUAAAUCUGUGUUUUUGCCAGAUGUGUGAGGAUUGCAGAAGUGUUGUGGUCGUGCUAGUAGUUACUUACUUAAGUCGUAGUUUUGAUAGUUACAUGGAAAAAGACUCAAAGUUCUUCAAGUUCAAUAUUUCAAACCUUUCUUGUUUCAAAUCUUAAACUUUCAUUAGUUAAUGGUUUGCUGAAAAAAAAAAAAUGAACGUCAACAAAUUUCUUAUUGUGCUGCUAAAAAUUGAUUGAAACUGGCAAUCAUUUUCUUCUUCGAUCAACCAAAUGUUUCUCAUUGGGAAGCCUAAUGGACACAGUGAGCAUAAUAUAACUCCUUACUUAAAAUGUUUAGUUAAUACACACCAAAUGCUUUUGGAAGCUGUAAAAAUGUAAAUCAAAACAGAUAAUAAAAAUAGAAGAUCUAUGCAACAGAACCACUUAAUUAAAGGACCACUAUAAGUGCCAGGAAAACAUACUUGUUUUCCUGGCACUAUUGUGCCCUGAGGGUGCCCCCACCCUCAGGGACACCGUCCUGCCCGCCUUUGGGGGGAGGAAGGGGUUAAACGCACCUCUUUCUUCAGCGCCGUUCGGGGAGCUCUCCUCUUCCUCUCCCCCCUCUUCUUCUCUUCUCUGGCUGAAUGCGCAUGCACGGCAGGAGCCGCGCGCGCCUUCAGCCAGUCCAUAGGAAAGCAUUCUCAAUGCUUUCCUAUGGACGCUGGCGUCUUCUCACUGUGAAAAUCACAGUGAGAAACGCGGAAGCCCUCUAGCGGCUGGCAAUGAGACAGCCACUGGAGGCUGGAUUAACCCUAAUAUAAUAUAUAUAAUAAUAUAGGGGAAGGCUUAACCCAUUCAUAAACAUAGCAGUUUCUCUGAAACUGCUAUGUUUAUAGAAAAAUGGGUUAACCCUAGCUGGACCUGGCACCCAGACCACUUCAUUAAGCUGAAGUGGUCUUUAAAGGACCACUCUAGGCACCCAGACCACUUCAGCUUAAUGAAGUGGUCUGGGUGCCAGGUCCAGCUAGGGUUAACCCAUUUUUUUAUAAACAUAGCAGUUUCAGAGAAACUGCUAUGUUUAUCAAUGGGUUAAGCCUUCCUCCAAAUCCUCUAGUGGCUGUCUCAUUGACAGCCACUAGAGGCGCUUGCGUGCUUCUCACUGUGAUUUUCACGGUGAGAGCACGCAAGCGUCCAUAGGAAAGCAUUGUAAAUGCUUUCCUAUGCGACGGGCUGAAUGCGCGCGCAGCUCUUGCCGCGCGUGCGCAUUCAGCCGGCGGGGCGUAACGGAGGCGGAGAGGAGGAGGAGAGCUCUCCGCCCAGCGCUGGAAAAAGGUAAGUUUAAACACCUUUCCCCCUUCCAGAGCCGGGCGGGAGGGGGUCCCUGAGGGUGGGGGCACCCUCAGGGCACUAUAGUGCCAGGAAAACGAGUAUGUUUUCCUGGCACUAUAGUGGUCCUUUAAGAUGAAGUGGUUUGGUUGUCCACACUGGCCUUUUAACUUAAAAUGUUGCAUCUAUAUGUUUCUUACUUUAAAGUACCCUCUUAUCUGCCGUAGGUGGUAUCUUCUUUACUCAAGUCUCACUAGGUGGCCUCUUGCUGUUUUUACAGUCAUGUUUUCAAGUUGGUCACCCGUAAGCUGUUGAACUACCUUCUCAGUCUACAUGUUUUUAGAACAUUAUGAUAUCUACUCUUUGACACAUUUUUUUACAUUGUAAACAAAUACACAUUGUGAAAUUUCUUUGUAACUCAUGUAUAUAUUCCUUAAUUAAAUAACAAUUAUGAAAUCGUUAUUUCAAGACUAAAGGUUCCCUUAGUGUACCACUGUUUGGCAUUUAAAAAUGUGAAGUUAAAAUAACACUAUAGGGUCAGGAACACAAACAUGUAUUCCUGACCCUGUAGUGCUUAACCCACCAUUUAGGUUUAAAACUCACCUUAGUUCCAGCGCCAUGCGGGUCUGCCAGCCCUGGCUCCGCAUCAUCAAAAUGGCAAAUUUUUAGCAAAUCCAAGUGGGCACGGGGUGGGGCCAAAUGCAAUUUUGGCCAAUCAGGACCUCCUCAUAGAGAUGCAUUGAAUCAAUGCAUUUCUAUGAGGAAAAUCCAGCGUCUCCACGCAGAGCGUGGGGACGCUGAACGGCAGGGCUGCUUACUGUGCGCACUGAGCCAGGAAGCCCCUCCAGUGGCCAUCUGAGGAUUGGCCACUUGGAGGUGUCCCUAGGGGCAAUGUAAAUGCUGCCUUUUCUCUAAAAAGGUAGUGUUUACAUGAAAAUGCCUGGAGGCAAUGAUUAUACUCACCAGAACAACUACAUUAAUCUGUAGUUGUUCUGGUGAUUUUAGUGUCACUUUAACUAUUCUAACUAUGAUUCUUCACCUCCUCUCCAGUGCCAGGAUUCUUCCGCAGCAGUCUCUAGCUCUGCGUUCAGUGAUGUCAGGCUCCAAGCUGACAUCACAUGCGAUCUCCUCCAAUCCAUUGCCUCUAAUAGAUAAGCGACGAAUUGGAAAUAAUCAUGUGCUGCAAAACACCGGAUUUCUCCAAUCAAGUGCUGCUAUUAGAAUCCUUUGAUUCCAGGACGAGUUUCACAGAUGUAUUUACCCCUGCAAUGUAAACACUGCAGUUUCUUCAAACCUGCAAUGUCUUAAGUUGCAGGAUUUAAAUCACAGGGCUCCGGUACUCAGACCAAUUCAUUAAGAUGGGGAAAAAAAAACCAGUUGGAACUGUGAUAGGUCCAGCCAAAUACACAUUGUACAUUUAUUUAUUUUUUGUAUGGUUAUGACUGUGAGAGAUACUUUUUUUUUAUUUUAUUAUGAAGGCAUUGUGUUAUAUGAUAUUAUUUUGUUUCCAAACUUGCAACAACAAACUAAAUGUAAAACACAUUAAUUAUAUGGUUCUCUGUGUUUAAGGUCAACAAACAUUGAUAUUGAUGACAAAAGAUUUUGAGCCCAUUGCUGAAGUACCUAUCCAUCAAGAUGAUUUUGGGGAAGGUAAGUUGCAUGCUUUUAUAAUUAAAAGCUAAACGGCUUCUGAAGACAUGGAAGACAUUUGUUAUUUAGCAAAAAUGAAAAUACAGAUGAUGCAUUUGUAUUGUUACAGCAUACUGGCCAGAGACUUGCUAGGAAUGGUAUAUUUUAAAGUUACUUCAAAAGCAUCCUUAAAAAUUAAAGCAAGUACUUUAUCAUCAAAAAGAUAAAUUAAAGGAACACUUCAUGCAUUCAUGUAUUUUAUUAUGCCUGUCUUCUUUGUGGGUAUAUGAAAAAAUAGCUUUACAAACCCUCCCAUAUUUCCCUAUAGCAGACUGUCAUUCUAUGCCCAAGGAAUACACCAAUCAGAGGCUUCUCGUUAAGAAGCCUCUGUGCUGGAGCCGCGAGCAUGUUUACACGACUGCACAUCUACGCAAUCUCGGCAUUCUUGUACUUCUCAACGAGCUUUAGCACAGCUCAUUGGUAAUUGGUGCCUAGUCUAGUGGCCCUGCCUUUAUAAAAAUGCUGAUUUAUUAGCUGAAAUACUUUGUAUCUGGAGUCUUCCUUUAAGAAUAUAAAAAUUGGAUUUCAGAUACUCUCUGGGUAUUGUGAGUUUAUUACAACCUACCACCCACACUAUAAAUUGGGCGGUUUAAAUCAUCAUUGGAAGCUGUGGUAUGGUUGCAGACUAGCUUCCAAUAAAAGUAUCCAUCAUUUUUCAGUCCAUUGAAGUCUAAGUCAAGGGUAGGUAACCUUUGACACUCCAGAUAUUGUGGACUACACCUCCCAUAAUUCUCUUACAGUGAUAAUCCUGUAAAGCAGCAGUGGAGAUGUCCACAACAUCUGGAGUGCUGAAUGUUGCCUACCCUUGUUCUAGGCACUGUACCUGCAUAUAAGAAUAUACAAAACAAGUUGUGAAACUGACCUGUAAUAAAGAAAUUCUAAGCCUCUGUUACAAUAUUUGGUAUAUUGGAUUUGUCUGCCAUCUAAAAGUGUGAAGGAGAACUUCAGGAAAUUCUGGACUCCAGGAUUGUGUUGUCAUCUGGGAGCAAACAAUAGAAAUUUUGCUUCUCCAUUAGUGAUGUCCCGAACGGUUCGCCACGAACGGUUCGCUGCGGACUCAUCAUUGAGUAAACUUUGACCCUGUACCUCACAGUCAGCAGACACAUUCCUGCCAAUCAGCAGCAGCCCCUUUCACCCAGACCCUCCCACCUCCUGGACAGCUCACUAAGAAUGCAGCUUCAAAAUGGAUGCUGUCCAGGAGGUUGAAGGGUCUGGGAGGGAGGGUCUGCUGCUGAUUGGCUGGAAUGUGUCUGCUGACUGUGAGGUACAGGGUCAAAGUUUACUCAAUGAUGAGUCCAUGGCGAACCGUUCGCGAACCCUUUCGGCAAACCGUUCGGGACAUCACUAUUCUCCAUAUGUCCGCUAUAAGAAUCCAGCUUUUCAGAUAAUUCUCACGUGGUGAUAUUCCUAUUAUCUACAUUUUAAUACUACAACAUGGGAAGUCUUGGCUCAUGAACUAUGAUUGACAAAGUGGUACAGUCCAAAGUUUAUAUCUGAUUCAUAUUUGUAAUUAUAUUCCAUAAACCAUCUUUUCUGUUUGUCUACAGGUAAAUUUAUUGCCCUUGGGUGGGGUAAAAAGGAAACACAGUUCCAUGGCUCUGAGGGAAAGCAAGCAGCUCAACAGAAAAAAAUAACGGUAAUAUACUGCGGCAUCAAACUGUCAUAAAUCUCUAAAACACGCCAUCGUGAGUUAGAUUAGCCAUUCGCCUUUUGCAUUGUGUUCUCCUUUAGCUCCUGUGUGCUCCUUUAGAGAGUGAAAGGAACAGUUUUAAUUCAGUUUCCUCUGUUCGGGGACGUGGUAAGUCCCUGUACAGUGAGAUCCUUAUGUUGACUAUUUCCUUUAUUAAGUAUCUAAUUGGAAGACAAUUUGUGAAACUCUGGUACAAAAUAAUCCAUAUACACAGAAUACACAUUUUAUGAGAGAAUUGUGACAAGGCAUAUGUUAUUUCUAAAUGUACUCAUUAAGCUGUCUGAGAAGCAUAGGAGAUCAUUAUUUAUUUAUUAUCAUUAUCAAAGUACAUCUAGUAACAUUAUUCCAAAUACCUUAGUUAUCAUCCUUUUAUUCUACCAGUACUUCUAAUAGCAAAGGGCUGUUACCAGAUACCACUUGACGUGUAGGUUUAAGCAGCUACUAAAAUACUCUUUCAGAAAUGUCUUGCUGUGUGUGAGUGCGUCAUUGGCCGUUUCUUGCUAUCACAUGAUGUUUAUUCACUAAACAUAAAUUUACAAAUAAUGGAAAACUGAAUUUCACUAUCUCUACAAAAAAUGUGGUGAUCUGAAAAUUUUCUUCAGCUUUAUUUUAGCCUUUAUUAUUUUUUUUUGUGUGAAUAAACAGAAGCAUGUAUGUCUGUAUAUAUAGCAAAACUUAAACUCCUGCACUCCAACUUUACAAAAAAAUAUUACCAGGUGCCAAACACAAUGUAAAUAUAAGUUUGAAAACAAUACCGACACUCCAGGCUUUCCAAAAUUUCUAUUUAUUUUCAGUCAAUCCAGGUCAGUCAACGGUUCAGCUCUCGGAGCUUUCAUCAGGACACACCUGAUCGGGAGCUGAAACGUUGACCGACCUUUCAAACUUGUAUGUAUUUAUAUAUUUUUUUAUUUACAAGCCUACCCGAAUGUUGGUAUAGGCACACCACAACAGACUUAUUCCACAGUCACUACAGAUACCACAUCCGACUUAUUCCACUGUCAAUACUAUUACUCUGCUUAUUGUCACCAACCAAAAAAACACAAAAACUACAACUACCACGAUGGCUGUAGGCUGGAAAGAGAAUUGUGAAAUGUUGUAGUUUUAACAGCAUAAUAUAUGGAGAGCUACCAGUUGUUAUCCCCAUCAAAAAAAGCUUUUUGUUUUACACAAAUGUACCUUUUAAAAAAAUAUUUUGUACCUGGGGGAAGAAAAGUCUAAGCAUUUGACCUUGUAUUAUUAAAAAGCCAAGUGUUCAAAGACAAAACAUUUUCAUUGUUUAAAGGAGUUAGCAAGUACACCCAGACUUUUGCACUCACUUGUUAAAAUACAUUUUUCACAUUUAGGGCAGACUGUUAAUGAAUUCUUAUCAGGAUGCACUUAUGAUAUUUAAAAUAAAUGCUUGGGCUUUUCAGAUCCAGAGAUUAUAUGAAUUGUUGUUUUUUUUUGUUUGUGAACUUUUUUAAAUUUAUUUUUACUUGUUUUAGGAGGUCCCACCUGCUUUGCCCUGGGAUGAUUGCAGACCUCGGGUAACUUGGAGAGGAGAUGGACAACUCUUUGCUGUUAGUGCAAUCUGUCCAGAGACUGGUAAGCUUCUCUGGGGGUGAAAUAAUUCUAGUUUUGUUGUUUUUGUUUUAACAAGAACAAAACAAAUGUGCAUUGUGUCCUGAAUUACUUUUUUUCCCCAUGCACCAUAACCCCUACAUAAUUUAAAUUGCUGUGAAGCUCUGGAUUCCUCAUUUUGUUUUGUUUCUUGUGUGUUUUGGGGGAAUUUUAUUUUUGUGUUGUUUAUUUUUGUUAAUUCAUAAAAAAAAAAAAAAUUAUCUCGCCCCAAAAACCACACCCUACUUUGAGAUAUCAUACUAGACUUGAGCAAAUCGAAAAAAAUUGGUAUGGCCGACUUGAUUAGUUCGUUUGGGUAUUCUGAAAUUUGUCUGUGUGACAUUUCAGUUUAGACGAAUUUCAUCUGUGCAGUCGUUUCUGGAAAAACAAUGCGUGGGAUAGGCAUAAGGCUAUCCUAGACUUAAAAUAAGGCCAGGGACUAAGUAAAAGUAUUUUGAAAUAUUGGGCAGACUACAUGGGCCGAAUGGUUCUUAUCUGCUGUCACAUUCUAUGUUUCUAACAAUUCGGACAAACCAAAAGGGCAUGAAAAUUGGCCAAUCAGCGCACUGCAAAAUUUAUACAUAAUGUAAAUGUUAUAUAAUGUGUAUGUAUGUAUAUAUAGUUGUAUACUGAUAGGUACAUUUUCUCUGCCACCCAAUAGACACAGGGAGACUGUAUUUAAUUAGAAAAAGCCAAAAGGACCAGCAGAACGUUUGCCAGGCUGACUUCUAUAAAUUAACCGGGAGCCCAACUUUUUUUUUUUUUUUUUAAUCCAUUUAUGCAUAGGGGCACGUAAGGUCAGAGUCUGGAACAGAGAACUCGCACUACAGUCUACCAGUGAACCAGUAGAUGGGUUGGAACAAGCACUCUCCUGGAAGUGAGUUUUAACAUUAGAUUUAUUUUUUAUUUUUUUGGAGUUGAUUGUACUUUGUGUUACAUAGUUUUUGGUGUUCACUGUAAUGAUGUUGAUUUAAUAUAUUAAUUUUUAGAUCAGCAUUUUUGUCUUAGUACAAAGAGUCUUACAAUUAGCCUUUGAAUAUUUUCAUAUGCAAUAAAUAGUUAACUGUGCAUGUGAAUGAGACGCCAAUCCGCCAUUUAGUAAAUUAUAAUGAGCAUAUCACCUGUUUGAACAGAAUGAAAUAUAUUCAGUGAAGAUCUUCUGAAGUCCAGACAUGAUUCUUCUUCAGCUAUUGGCUCUUCAGGUGUACCAUCAGUAGACUGUAUUCUGUAGCAAAGUAUUCAAGGGAAACAUCAUAUACUGUGAUUUCCUUUUAAUAUCAUGUUCACUUAUGUCUUAUAUAUAACAAAUCUAUGUUUGUGAACUCUGAUAUUAUUAACAAGGUCAUUCAUUUAAGUGAGGAAUCAGUGUAAAUUCAAAGUGACGUUUAAAUUGAAGGUCAAAGUUGCUGACUUGGGGAAUUUUUCCAGUUGGACUAUUUUGGCCUAAAAUUUGAACUAUACUUUGAUUUCUUGACAAUUCUCACCUUAAUAUAUAACCUUGAAUGUGUUCACUGUCUGGCCUUAAAGGGCUGCUCUAAGAACCAAUGAUUUGAAGUGGUCAUGGUGCCUGAAGUCUGUGUAUGUGCAAUAUUUUGAUUUGGAACGCUAUGCAUACUGAGUUUAACCCCUCUGAUGCCAAGAUGUAACUCCACCUCCAGCAGCAUCAUUGGGGUGACAUUAACCAGCUUAUGUCAAUUUUGUGCAUUAUUCCAUGGCGCCUCCUUACCAUUAAAAUAUGUCCUUUUUUUCAAGCAGUUUUUAUGAAUGGCUUACUGAUUGGCUUCGAGCGUUAUCUGACAAGCUCUAAGCCAAUCAGCACCAUUGGUUCCCCAAGUUCGGAAAGUGGAACCACAAGGGGGCAGAGCGCAAUGCUGCUGCAGCACAGACUUGGGGGUUUUACUGUUUGUGUGCAGUUUAAUUCCUAAUUGUAAGGAAGCACCAGGGACCUCCAGGCACCAUUAUGCUCAAGUUGUUCAAUUAACUGUUUGUUUACUCUUUAAGGCCUUCGGGAAGUCUGAUUGCCUGCACACAAAGUAAACCCAAUAAACAUGAUGUUGUUUUUAUGGAGAAAAAUGGACUUCUUCAUGGAGAAUUUACGCUUCCAUUUGCCAAAGGCACCAUUAAGGUACUUCAGAUCUGAGCAAAUUGAAUGCACAUAGUAUGUAUUUAUAAUGAAUUGUAUAACGAUUAGGGCAUUCCAAGCAUCUAGUGUGUGUGUGUGUAUACAUGCAUGCAUGUAUGUUUCCUCCGGUCCUCUAUCAUAGCCCUGAGAUUCUGAGGGUCCGUAUCGUAGCUGUCCCUAAGAAUGCACUCUUCUGGACAGAGAUCUCAGAUGUCUUACUUGGAAUCUGUUGAAGUAUCUCCCACCUUAGGGAUUAUAGUCCCAAGUGCUAGCACAACUUGGACCGCUACAGCUUUUACUCUUCACAUCCUUUCUAGAAACAUGGAAUGUGAUGGCAGAUAAGAAGAGUUUGGCCCAUCUAGUCUGCCCAUUUUUUUAAAAAUACUUUCAUUAGUCCCUGGCCUUAUCUUAUAUCUAGAAUUGUCAUACAUGUGAAAAUCCUUUAACCUUUACUGGUAAGUUUUAUCCUGCAAUCCAUGAACUAGUUUAGUAGCCCUUCUCUGAACUCUCUGUAAAGUAUCAAUAUCCUUCUGGAGAUACGGUCUCCAGUACUGCAUACAAUACUCCAAGUGAGGUCUCACCAGUGUUCUGUACAAUGGCAUGAACACUUCCCUCUUUCUACUGCUAAUACCUCUCCCUAUACAACCAAGCAUUCUGCUAGCAUUUCCUGCUGCUCUAUUACAUUGUCUACCUAGCUCCCCUUUAGCCCUUGGUCUUUAUCCUCCUCUUAUGUUACUUCUUCAUGUUAUGGUCACUGGGUAUUGCCAAAUCCACCACCAAUACAGUUACGUUGUUUGUCUACCAACAUGAUGUCAGAUUAGUUAUGAGUACAUGAUUGUCUGUCUGGAUCUGGAAGUCUAUAGAAACUUAGCUCUGUCAUUAUCAAAUAAAUAUAUAUAUAUAUAUAUAUAUAUAUUUUAUUCAUGAUCAUGUGACCGGGUAAAUGUAAUGAUUCUGUUCAUGCUUCCCAUUGGCCCUUUUCCCUACAUUCCGACCUUUCUGAUACCAGCUUCAGUGUUGCAGUUUCUAAAUAGGGACACAUAUGUAAUUUUAUUGUGGUUUUAUUAUUUUAUCGAUUCUAAAUUUGGUAUCCCAUCAAUAUUCUUUAACAGGUAAAAGAGCUUCUUUGGAAUUCUGAGUCUACUGUCCUAGCAAUUUGCCUUCAAGAAAUUAAAAAAGAUGGUUCAAAACCCAACACUUAUGGUAAGAGUCUUGUAUUGAGGAGUUUGGCGGUUCUUAUUUUUGGUUGUUUUGAUGGGAUAUAGUUUUUGUUACUCCUGUGAAAUGCUCUACUUGUAAGGUAGCUUUGAACAAGCCAUAUAGCUUACAGAUGGUUUUAUUCAGGUGUCCAUCGGAAGUUAAACCCCAAAGACAUUCACAAAGACACCUGCUUUGUUUCUAUAUUUACUUGUUUUUGCAGUUUUUAAUGUGUGUGUUUUCCCCACAAUAUCUUUGGUUGGUUGGGUACUCCUAGAAAUAAAGUUAAAAUAAUAAAACAAGCUUCCCCCCCCCCUCACCUUUACAAGGUUGUCCCAGACUGAAUACCCCAGUUCUUACUUGUCCGGCAAGCGGGACGUACAGGUACUGCUUGGACAGAAGAUGGUGAAGCACAAGGGCUGAUGCUUGGGUUUAUGCAGCCUGAUAGUUCCCUGGGUGGUGAGCUGCAUGAAAUCGAUCUCCGGAUCAGCCAGCAUUGAGUCCCAAUGCUUGAUGAGUCAGUUCCAUGUGGAGCUCCAAUCACCUGGAAUCUGCGCAUAGCGGUGAAACACGCCAGGGCGGGCUUGCGUUCCACAGCCAGGAAUUAACAGUGUCACCAGUCUCCCACACAAUUUUGAGGUCUUUAAGAUGGGAUAUUUUGUGUCUUUUCCUUAAAGGCUUCUUAUGAGAUUUUGCUCUUCCUAUUUUCACUUUAGCAUUGUUCUGCUUUUGGUUUCCAGAUGUCUAGUCCUGCCUCUUCAAAUGAACUGGAAAUAGCAGAAAAACCCACUCCUGCUCCUAAUUUAAAAGCGCCAUGUAAGAUCCAAGUACUUGGUUUGUAAUGAAUGCGCUACUCCACUCCCAGAUGGAGAUAUAAAGAAAACAUGUAAUCCGUGUUCUGCAGAAGUAUUCGAAAAGUCCAAGCAGAAAGAUAUGCAGUCGUUCUUGAGCUGGUUUCGAUAGAAUCUAUCCCAAACAUUUGAGUCCUUUAAGGAAUCAGUGAUAAAAUCCAAAGAAUCUGUAUCUGUCUAGAACAGAUCGAUUAAAAGGUGUAGGAGAAGCAGUCUGAUUUAUCAUCUGGUGAAACUUCACCAUCUGGACAUCAAAAUAGCAUUUCAGGACAUCAGAACAUCUAUUUGUCAACUUCCAAAGUCCAUAUAAAGAAAGAGAGACAUGUAAACUGACCAUUGCCAUGUGGUUGACAGACACAAUCAAGUUGGCAUACGAAGUUAUGGAUCUAAUACUACCUCUUCUGGUGAAGACGCACACCACAAGAGCUUUAGCAACAUCUCGGGUGGCUAAAGCUUCGGCUUCUCCAGAAGAUAUUUGCAACGUGGUCAUCAUUUAAUACAUUUAUAAGGUACUACAGGCUAGACUUCUUUUCUUCCUCCGAAGUUGCUUUCGGGCGCAAGAUGCUCCAGGUGGUCAUUUUCUGAUUUUCCCCACCCAUUUGGGAUCUUGCUUUAUCCCACAGGCACUGUCAAUAUACGUUGGGAAAAACAGAAAUUUUACUUACCAUAAAUACUUUUUUCCUUCGUAUAGAGGCAUUAUGGAUCUCCCUCCCUUUAUUUUUGUUAAGAAACUUUGAUAUUUUUGCAGCGUUUGGUCUACGUGUGAUUUCUUGCUAUUACUGGGGUGCUCAGUCUGGAACAACCUUUUUAGAAAUAUGAGAGAAAUAUGUUUCAUUCAUUUAACAUUAUUCUUAGAAGUGCUCGUCUACCAUGAUGAAGAACAUCCCACAGGUACUGCCACUAUACCGAGGAAAAAAUAAUUUACGGUAACUAAAAUUUCUGUUUUUUUUUAACAUAUAAAAUAUAACAUUUUAAAAUUACUUGAGUCUGCUUAUUAACCUGUUUAAAAUGGGAAUACAAGUUAGCACUGUAUAUUAGCCUUAAGUGUACUUCUGAAUAUCUAUAAUCUUUGUGUAACCUACGUAUUCUUUGUUUUAUAUUUCCUUUGCAUAGUUCAGCUGUGGACUGUCGGAAAUUACCAUUGGUACCUGAAACAGAGCUUGCAUUUUGGGAAUGAUGAGAAAAACCAUGUUAUUUCUUUGCUCUGGGACCCAGAGAACGCCUACAGAUUGCAUGUGCUGUGCGCCAGAUGGCAGUAUCUGUGCUACGACUGGUUUUGGAGCACUGACCGCAGCAGUGGGGAAAAUCUACGAGGACAAGCUGAUGUUGCUGUUAUUGAUGGGGGUAAAAUAUUCGCCAUAUACUACAAAUGAGGACUUUCAGGCCAAGAGCAUAUACUUAACUUCAAGACCAUAUUGUAUAUUUAUAUUAUAUGUAAACAGAGGAUACAGCUUUCUAAAAUGGUUAUCUUGCGAAGGAAAAUCUGUUUUCUGAUUGUGUUUUACUCCAUUUAGCUCUCUUGAGACGCAGCUCAGCAAUCAUGAUCGAGUUCUACUUUGGGUUUAGAAGGAGAGGGAUGGCUACUUGUGUUGCUGGGUAUUACUCUAAUUUCUCGGUCUUCGUUGUUGAAUUUUAGUUCCUUCACAAAGAAUAAAAAUAUAUGAAUUGUCAAAAUUAUAGUAAUUAUGUUGCAUUGCAGCAAGUUUUUAAAAAAUAUGUGCUUCCAAGCACAAUAACCACUACAGCCUGCUUGUGACCUCCUAGAGUAAAUGGUCAAACUGUUUCAAAAAUGGUUUGGCAUCUUGCCUGGGUCCUACUGGAUGUUUGCUGCAGCUUCUUUUGCAGCCGAGAGCUCUGUGACUGGACGGAGAAGGGAUGCACUCGUAGGCCAAUAAAAUGCUUGACUGUUCCAUAUUACACACAAGUGGCUCUCUGUGAAUGUGGAUUGAAAUACUCCUUGUUUUGUUACAGAGAAAGUUUUAGUGACCUCGUUUCAUCGGGGGGUGGUCCCUCCUCCAAUGAGCACUUACCAGAUCCAGCUUCCAAGAGCUGUGAAUGAAGUUGCUUUCCCACUGGCGCCAGAGAAAGACGGUCAUCUGGCGGUUAUUGAUGCCAGAAACACAAUAUACAUCUGUAGAUAUGGUGAUUGUCUUCUAUUAUUAUUUUAAGUAAAAAUAUAUAUGAUAUUAAUUUAAUGCAUCUAGUUUUCUAUUCUAUCGCUGUAUAUGGGGUUGUAAGUUAUAUCAAUUUAUCCGUCUGCAUUCAUUUAUCAAAAAACCUAACAUGUAAGUGAAAUUCAACCAAGACAUCAUAUGCUUUUAUGGUUUGAUUUAUGGGAAGCUACCUACUUGUGUCUUCACCAGUUUCCAUCAGAUUAGUUCCAUAAGCUAAGGCAUUUAAGGUCAAGAGAACCAGCAGCCUCAGUUGUGACCUCUCAUCGAACUCUUAUGUAUGUCUAUUUAUGUCAAGUAAUUUCAGUUAUUACCUUAAGAAAAGUGAUUUCUUCCAUCAUCUACGCUAUAUUUUACAGGAAAUAGUCCAGAUGAAGAUUUGAAAGUGAGCGCUGGAAUGGUCAGGGAAGAGGGACGUACAAUAAAAACUCCUGUCUUAGAAAAAGAAUUCAGGUAAUUUUGAUGUGAAUUCCCAUAUGCUUACUUGGAAUAGUUUUCGUAGGAGACUUUAACUUGUGUAUUGUAGCUAAGUUUAUUAGGGGGUAUUUUAUCGAGUGAUGCUGUUAAGGGACCAUCUGGAGUAGCAUGUUAAAGCAAUGAUGUAGGGGAAUGCAUACUUAAACUUUCAAGUUAACAGAGAUGCCAAGUAAACAAUUGCAUUUACAUGUUAUAAUCCAUGUUAUGUAUGCAAUAUAAUUGAUGUACUGUUAUAUUGGUGAUGGUAUAGUGCUGACCUAAGGGCUAAGAGAUCUCAAAGAUAAGCGUGCAUUGGGUGCGUUGGUACCACAUGGGCAAGUGAGAGCCUGGGCAGCCACAUAAAGCGGCACUCUAGAGGAAAUAACCACUACAGCUUGCCUAGAAUGGUUUAAAAAAAACUGGAGUUCUUCUCCACUUGGAGACCCUUUCCCCUAUUUGAUAAUGCAGAAUUAACACUUCAGUAUUAUCAGUGUCAUAUUGUUUACAAUUUGGGCACCGCUUAUUGGCUCCUAACACAAUCAGUCAAUUACCGCUGCCCUUAUUGACAUUGAUAAUAUUUAAGUUUUUAAUUCCACAAUAUCAAUGCAGCUGAGAAGGGGCAGUCUUUGAUUGUCAGGUAGAGCUCUGUUUAUGUCAAACUCUUCAUAUUCAGUUUGACAUGAAACUGGUGUAUGAUGCCUUGACACGCUAGGCAACCGAAACCACUUCACCAUGCUCUUGUAGUUCUGUUCGUUAGUGUAUACCUUUUUAAUGGUAGAGUCACCAGUGCAUUCAUCAUUGCAGUGCCCGCUUAGCUGAAUUUUUUUUGGUCAAUCAUCUAUUUGGCAGUGCGUCUCUAGACAACUUGUGCAGGUGUUGACAUCCUUUUGUCUAAUUUGUUAGCUAUGGGCAUGAAGACAUUAUUUAUGAAUUUUAUCAUCAUACUGCUACAAUAAAUGGCCUUGUUUAAGGUAAAGAAUAUUGAACUCCCUGUCCUCCUUUUUAGUUAGUUGAGUUGAAUGAAUAGAGAGUAAUUUUCUCUUGAUCUUCUUGACAGUUCGUACGCCCUUUGCACUGGGCAAACCAGCACAGGAGAAUGUACAUAUGUAUAUGUAAGAAUAACUGUAGCAUGGCAUUUGGAAUGCCAGGUUGGGGCAGUGCAAGAUUGUGUUUGAAGCAGAGAUAGCAUUAAUGGAAGCAUGCUCUUAGUUGGUUAUGGACAAUAUUCUGUGAUGAGGACAGGGGUUUAGAAUUGCAGGCUGGAGGCUGGUAAUAAGUUAGAAAAACUGUGACUAUACAAAAUCCUUAUGUGACACAUCCUGCCAAAAGGCCUCAAAUUGGACAUCUUGUUGGUCUGUGAAACCUUUGCCUAUAAUUUUCCAUUCAUUGCACUUUUUAAUGCACGACUCUUCAUUUUACCUAUUCACUGUCUUUUUAUGUUUUUUUGCAGUUUGCAGGUUGAGCCAUUUGAUACAAAACCUUUGCAUUAUCGCCUUCUCACCUGGGUACAAGACAAAGCAUUCUUGGUAGUUAGUCAGGGGCAGAACUCAUCCGAGUCUUUGAUUCAUCAUAUUUCUAUUAAUGAGGACAUGCGUAUGGAAAUCAGGUAUUUUCUUCUUCGUAAUAUUGGCUGUCUGUAAUGUGCCUGUUUAAUAUACUGAAUUCACUUUGGCAGAACCAAAUUCACAACAAAUCCACAAAUAAAAUUUAAAAUUUCAUGCUAAUAAAACACAUGCUGAGAGAUUACUAAACCAACAGUAUGGACCAGGCUAAUCUUAAUCAAAAGUUAACAACUUAAACAAAAGUAAUUGGAACAGCUCACCAGCAAUAAUUGCUCCUGUAACAUCCCAUAACCAACAAUAAUUACUCCUGUAACCAUCCCAUAACCAACAACUCACCAGCAAUAAUUACUCCUGUAACCAUCCCAUAACCAACAGCUCACCAGCAAUAAUUAUUCCUGUAACAUCCCAUAACCAACAGCUCACCAGCAAUAAUUGCUCCUGUAACCAUCCCAUAAUCAACAGCUCACCAGCAAUAAUUGCUCCUGUAACCAUCCCAUAACCAACAGCUCACCAGCAAUAAUUACUCCCGUAACAUCCCAUAACCAACAGCUCACCAGCAAUAAUUACUCCCGUAACAUCCCAUAACCAACAGCUCACCAGCAAUAAUUACUCCUGUAACCAUUCCAUAACCAACAGCUCACCAGCAAUAAUUACUCCCGUAACCAUCCCAUAACCAACAGCUCACCAGCAAUAAUUACUCCCGUAACCAUCCCAUAACCAACAGCUCACCAGCAAUAAUUACUCCCGUAACAUCCAAUAACCAACAGCUCACCAGCAAUAAUUACACCCGUAACCACCCCAUAACCAACAGCUCCUGAGCAAUAAUUACUCCCGUAACCAUUCCAUAACCAACAGCUCACCGGCAAUAAUUACUCCUGUAACCAUCCCAUAACCAACAGCUCACCAGCAAUAAUUACUCCCGUAACAUCCAAUAACCAACAGCUCACCAGCAAUAAUUACACCCGUAACCACCCCAUAACCAACAGCUCCUGAGCAAUAAUUACUCCCGUAACCAUCCCAUAACCAACAGCUCACCGGCAAUAAUUACUCCUGUAACCAUCCCAUAACCAACAGCUCACCGGCAAUAAUUACUCCUGUAACCAUCCCAUAACCAACAGCUCACCGGCAAUAAUUACUCCUGUAACCAUCCCAUAACCAACAGCUCACCGGCAAUAAUUACUCCUGUAACCAUCCCAUAACCUACAGCUCACCAGCAAUAAUUACUCCUGUAACCAUCCCAUAACCAACAGCUCACCAGCAAUAAUUACUCCCGUAACCAUCCCAUAACCAACAGCUCACCAGCAAUAAUUACUCCCGUAACAUCCCAUAACCAACAGCUCACCAGCAAUAAUUACUCCCAUAACCAUCCCAUAACCAACAGCUCACCAGCAAUAAUUACUCCUGUAACCAUUCCAUAACCAACAGCUCACCAGCAAUAAUUACUCCCGUAACAUUCAAUAACCAACAGCUCACCAGCAAUAAUUACUCCCGUAACAUCCAAUAACCAACAGCUCACCAGCAAUAAUUACACCCGUAACCACCCCAUAACCAACAGCUCCUGAGCAAUAAUUACUCCCGUAACCAUUCCAUAACCAACAGCUCACCGGCAAUAAUUACUCCUGUAACCAUCCCAUAACCAACAGCUCACCAGCAAUAAUUACUCCCGUAACAUCCAAUAACCAACAGCUCACCAGCAAUAAUUACACCCGUAACCACCCCAUAACCAACAGCUCCUGAGCAAUAAUUACUCCCGUAACCAUUCCAUAACCAACAGCUCACCGGCAAUAAUUACUCCUGUAACCAUCCCAUAACCAACAGCUCACCGGCAAUAAUUACUCCUGUAACCAUCCCAUAACCAACAGCUCACCGGCAAUAAUUACUCCUGUAACCAUCCCAUAACCAACAGCUCACCAGCAAUAAUUACUCCUGUAACCAUCCCAUAACCUACAGCUCACCAGCAAUAAUUACUCCUGUAACCAUCCCAUAACCAACAGCUCACCAGCAAUAAUUACUCCCGUAACAUCCUAUAACCAACAGCUCACCAGCAAUAAUUACUCCUGUAACAUCCCAUAAUCAACAGCUCACCAGCAAUAAUUACUCCCGUAACCAUCCUAUAACCAACAGCUCACCAGCAAUAAUUACUCCCGUAACAUCCCAUAACCAACAGCUCACCAGCAAUAAUUACUCCCGUAACCAUCCCAUAACCAACAGCUCACCAGCAAUAAUUACUCCCGUAACAUUCAAUAACCAACAGCUCACCAGCAAUAAUUACUCCCGUAACAUCCCAUAACCAACAGCUCACCAGCAAUAAUUACUCCCGUAACAUCCCAUAACCAACAGCUCACCAGCAAUAAUUACUCCCGUAACAUCCCAUAACCAACAGCUCACCAGCAAUAAUUACUCCCGUAACAUCCCAUAACCAACAGCUCACCAGCAAUAAUUACUCCCGUAACAUCCCAUAACCAACAGCUCACCAGCAAUAAUUACUCCCGUAACAUCCCAUAAUCAACAGCUCACCAGCAAUAAUUACUCCCGUAACCAUCCCAUAACCAACAGCUCACCAGCAAUAAUUACUCCUGUAACCAUCCCAUAACCAACAGCUCACCAGCAAUAAUUACUCCCGUAACAUCCCAUAACCAACAGCUCACCAGCAAUAAUUACUCCCGUAACAUCCUAUAACCAACAGCUCACCAGCAAUAAUUACUCCCGUAACCAUUCCAUAACCAACAGCUCACCAGCAAUAAUUACUCCCGUAACCAUCCUAUAACCAACAACUCACCAGCAAUAAUUACUCCCGUAACAUCCCAUAAUCCAACAGCUCACCAUCCUAUAGCCAACAACUCACCAGCAAUAAUUACUCCCGUAACAUCCCAUAACCAACAGCUCACCAGCAAUAAUUACUCCCGUAACAUCCAUAACCAACAGCUCACCAGCAAUAAUUACUCCCGUAACAUCCCAUAACCAACAGCUCACCAGCAAUAAUUACUCCCGUAACAUCCCAUAACCAACAGCUCACCAGCAAUAAUUACUCCCGUAACAUCCCAUAACCAACAGCUCACCAGCAAUAAUUACUCCAGUAACAUCCAUAACCAGCAGCUCACACCAGCAAUAAUUACUCCGUAACAUCCCAUGUAAGCAGCUCCACCAGCAAUAGAUUACUCCCGUAAACCGUUUCCAUAACCAACAGCUCACCAGUAUAAUUACUCAGUAACCAUCCCAUAACCAACAGCUCACCAGCAAUAAUUACUCCUGUAACAUCCCAUCAUCCCAUAAUCAACAGCUCACCAGCAAUAAUUACUCCCGUAACAUCCCAUAACCAACAGCUCACCAGCAAUAAUUACUCCUGUAACAUCCCAUAACCAACAGCUCACCAGCAAUAAUUACUCCCGUAACAUCCCAUAACCAACAGCUCACCAGCAAUAAUUACUCCCGUAACAUUCAAUAACCAACAGCUCACCAGCAAUAAUUACUCCCGUAACCAUCCCAUAACCAACAGCUCACCAGCAAUAAUUACUCCUGUAACAUCCCAUAAUCAACAGCUCACCAGCAAUAAUUACUCCCGUAACAUCCCAUAACCAACAGCUCACCAGCAAUAAUUACUCCUGUAACAUCCCAUAACCAACAGCUCACCAGCAAUAAUUACUCCCGUAACAUCCCAUAACCAACAGCUCACCAGCAAUAAUUACUCCUGUAACAUCCCAUAAUCAACAGCUCACCAGCAAUAAUUACUCCCGUAACAUCCCAUAACCAACAGCUCACCAGCAAUAAUUACUCCUGUAACAUCCCAUAAUCAACAGCUCACCAGCAAUAAUUACUCCCGUAACCAUUCCAUAACCAACAGCUCACCAGCAAUAAUUACUCCUGUAACAUCCCAUAACCAACAGCUCACCAGCAAUAAUUACUCCCGUAACAUCCCAUAACCAACAGCUCACCAGCAAUAAUUACACCCGUAACCACCCCAUAACCAACAGCUCCUGAGCAAUAAUUACUCCCGUAACCAUUCCAUAACCAACAGCUCACCGGCAAUAAUUACUCCUGUAACCAUCCCAUAACCAACAGCUCACCAGCAAUAAUUACUCCCGUAACAUCCAAUAACCAACAGCUCACCAGCAAUAAUUACACCCGUAACCACCCCAUAACCAACAGCUCCUGAGCAAUAAUUACUCCCGUAACAUCCCAUAACCAACAGUAACAUCCCAUAACCAACAGCUCACCAGCAAUAAUUACUCCUGUAACAUCCCAUAACCAACAGCUCACCAGCAAUAAUUACUCCCGUAACAUCCCAUAAUCCAACAGCUCACCAGCAAUAAUUACUCCCGUAACCAUCCUCCAUAACUCAACCAGCUCACCAGCAAUAAUUACUCCCGUAACAUCCCAUAACCAACAGCUCACCAGCAAUAAUUACUCCUGUAACAUCCCAUAACCAACAGCUCACCAGCAAUAAUUACUCCCGUAACCAUUCCAUAACCAACAGCUCACCAGCAAUAAUUACUCCCGUAACAUCCAUAACCAACAGCUCACCAGCAAUAAUUACUCCUGCUCACCAGCAAUAAUUACUCCCGUAACAUCCUAUAACCAACAACUCACCAGCAAUAAUUACUCCCGUAACAUCCCAUAACCAACAGCUCACCAGCAAUAAUUACUCCUGUAACCAUUCCAUAACCAACAGCUCACCAGCAAUAAUUACUCCCGUAACAUUCAAUAACCAACAGCUCACCAGCAAUAAUUACUCCCGUAACAUCCCAUAACCAACAGCUCACCAGCAAUAAUUACUCCCGUAACAUCCCAUAACCAACAGCUCACCAGCAAUAAUUACUCCCGUAACAUCCUAUAACCAACAGCUCACCAGCAAUAAUUACUCCCGUAACAUCCCAUAACCAACAGCUCACCAGCAAUAAUUACUCCCGUAACAUCCCAUAACCAACAGCUCACCAGCAAUAAUUACUCCCGUAACAUCCCAUAAUCAACAGCUCACCAGCAAUAAUUACUCCCGUAACCAUCCUAUAACCAACAACUCACCAGAAAUAAUUACUCCCGUAACCAUCCUAUAACCAACAACUCACCAGCAAUAAUUACUCCCGUAACAUCCCAUAAUCAACAGCUCACCAGCAAUAAUUACUCCCGUAACAUCCUAUAACCAACAGCUCACCAGCAAUAAUUACUCCCGUAACCAUUCCAUAACCAACAGCUCACCAGCAAUAAUUACUCCCGUAACCAUCCUAUAACCAACAACUCACCAGCAAUAAUUACUCCCGUAACAUCCCAUAAUCAACAGCUUACCAGCAAUAAUUACUCCCGUAACCAUCCUAUAGCCAACAACUCACCAGCAAUAAUUACUCCCGUAACAUCCCAUAACCUACAGCUCACCAGCAAUAAUUACUCCUGUAACCAUUCCAUAACCAACAGCUCACCAGCAAUAAUUACUCCCGUAACAUUCAAUAACCAACAGCUCACCAGCAAUAAUUACUCCCGUAACAUCCCAUAACCAACAGCUCACCGGCAAUUAGCAGUCCAAGCAUCGGAUAGACGCUGUGGUUGGCGACCCAUGCAGUUUCGUGGCAUGGCUAUGAUAAAGUGUGGUGACAUACGAAAUGCAUAAGGGGGAAUACUUGGUGAACUUAGCACCAUUACAUGAUGGAUAUGCUGUAUUUUGCCAACACAAUGGGAUGUUUUUACUUUUUUCAAUAAAUGCUACAUUUUACUUACUUACCUGAAAGUAAAAUAAUAUUCAAUACAUUUCUAGUUUUAACAAAUUCCACGAUAUAUAAACAUUCCAAAAUAACAAUAAAUACUGUAUUCAGGAUAUGAUGGGCACAGAAUUGCCAGUCAGUUUUUCUAUUUAUAUAUUGUUUCUCUGAAGGGUUGCUCACUAAAGAAAUUAUUUUCCUUUAUUAAGCUUCCCUUUUAUCCAUCUGUAUUUGUUUUUUUUUAUAAAGACUCACACUGUGCAGCGUGAACCUUAAGGAAACGCUCCAAGACCAUUAUCCAUUACAGUGUACUGUAGUGGUUAUGGUGUAUGGAGUACUCUAGUGCUGUCACAGCGUAAGUAGUCUAAUUUAGAACUUACUUGGGAUCUGUCAGAAGCUGUCUUUCAUUGAUUGAUAAAGGCCAUGUAAGGCCGAAACGUCACCUGCCAGUUUUUCACCUUGAAUAAAGGAUCACGUUUGCUUUACGAAUCGUGCUAGGCAGUGUUUCUUUCGAUAUACUGCUGGCUUUUAGGCCAUGUUCCGUCCACUCCUCUGUGAUGGACAGUGUUCUUUUAUAUAUAUUUUUUCUGUGUUAUAUUAUAACACUAGGUUACAGAAUUGUGUUAUAUGAAAAUAAUUUUUUUUUUAAAAUGCUACAAUUUCAAUAUAGACAACGAAUGCAAAGUUUUUAUAUUCUUUAUGUCCAGGCAAGGAGUUGUGAUUACUGGACACGUGACCAGUCUCUGCUGCAGCUCUAAAACCAAGUCUUGUGCCCUCCAAACUGAAGAUGGUCAGAUCUGGAAGUAUGCUUGGGGUAAGUUCCAUGAGUGCCGUGGAAAAUGAAAUCUUCCUUCCAUACCAUAUUGGACCUACAUGUCUUAUUUUGGCAAUGCUGCGUUUUAACAUUUGCAUAAAUGAUACUAUGCUACAGGACAUGUUGGGUAUUAUCUUUUUUAUCUGUUGUGUUUCACCAGAAAGUAUACUUUGAGCCGUCUUUGAUUUUAAUUACAACUUAAUGCAACAUGAGACGUAUACAAAAGUGCAAUUACUCUCUUGCCAUUAUACUUUAAUUGGUCAUCUUACUAUAUAUAUAUAUACAUUUUUUUAAAUUUUUUUUAUUUGGCAUAUGUUUUAUAGGCAAUGACUGUGAUUUACACAAACACACUGUUUGUGUUAAAUAAAAUGAAACUGUGAAAAAAAUAUGUAUUUGUAAGGUGAGAAAAAUAUUUUUUUUACUGGAGGCAGACUUAUCACAGUUCUACAGAUGAGUCCAAGGGAAUAUAGAGCAUACCUUUGGACGGAUUACACAUCUGUUGUGAACUUCCCCUGCGUGUAGGAUGCAGCCACAGUUAGAUCCUCACUGGCCUUCUUCCCCUGCCCAUCAACUCCUAUAUUAAGAAAGAGUGCUUUUAUACCAGGUAUGCGGGUACAAGAUUUCAGAGGCAUAGAGAUUUCAGAGAUUUAGCUAAUGAAGCUGAUAAAGUUCGAGAAGCUGCAAUAAACCUUAACUUAAUAAAUAACAAAUUAGCUGGAGGGGGAAAGUAAAUUGUAACAAAAUUGCAGGUAGUGUGAUAGAGCGAAGAGAGCUCCUACAGUGUAGAAGUAAUGGUAAGUACAGAUCGUCCCUACACUGCUGUGCCUUUAAGGACACCCCUUAAAAAACUCUAGCCCUGGCUGCGAAUGAAUUGCUAAAUCUUUCUAAUUUUCUAAAUCUUUACUAUAAAUAUAAAUAAAAAAUAAGAGGUGACUUUCAAUCUUUUAUGUAAUGUGUAAUUUCCAAAGAAGUGACGAUGUCCCGUUAAAUGUCCCUCCAUAUUAACAGAUUCACCCACACCUGAAUUAAAGCCUUGGAUGGAUGGAAAAGGCCACAGUGUAAAAUUUCUCCAACCAUGUUUACAGAUUGCUCUAGCAACAAUAGCAGGAGAGGUAAUGUACUGUGGAUAUACUGUAUGUAGAGGGCUCCACUUUACUGGCUGUUUAAUAGUAUACACAUAUAUGUUUUUUUCUUUUAAGUUAAACCAAAUCUUGAAGCCAAUGUAUGAGCGAUAUUACAAAUUUGGGUGCCAUGUCUCCCCUCUAUGAUAAUAGCGACUACGCAGCAAUAGCUGCUCAGUCGCUAUUACUUUAGCAGACAUUCACCUACUUGCGGCAUGCCAAAAGAUGGCAUGGGGGAGUUAUGUGAAUCUCCACAGGCUUUUUUUUUUUUAAAGCGUUAUAAACAGUUUUGGGUUUUUUUUUUUUUGUUUUUUACAUUUCAUUUAUCACGGAUUAUUAUGUCCUGAAUAUAUUAUCUAUAUUACGUUUUUUGUUUUUUUUAUGUAAAAUUAUUGAAAUCAAUAUUUAUCAGCUACCAAUAACACUUUAAUAGAGGUAAUGUAAUCUGUUCGAACCAAGAAAAGGCUUACCCAGGGCUGAUAAACUGCUGGCAAAUGGCUGGAACGUAAUUAAGGCCUAUAUGGACAUACUAACUUAUUUCCUACUACUAUUUAGGCGACCCUGUAAACCAUUGUCCGCACCUGGAGUGUAUUUAUAAUAGCUCAUCCUGAAGCAGGGGUAGGCACAGUGGCGUACACACAAUACAUGGGGCCCGGUGCGAAACUGAUCCGUGGACCCCUCCCCCAUCCCUCCCACACACACAAAGAUACAUACAUAGGCAUACACAUACAUAAAUACAGACACACAUACACCACCCCGACAGACACAUACAGACAGACACACACAUACACACACACAACCGACAGACAUACAUACAGACACACACACAGACACAUACGCUGACUGGGCCCCCUGACAAUCCAUAUCCAAGGGCCGGGCCGCAAAAUGUGUUGGCAGCUGGUACCCAGUCUCGGGGGUCCGCAGGGCGGCUGGGGCCCCUAGAGUGACCGCAGCUGCAACCCCUGCGACUGCCGUAUGUACGCCGCUGGGUAGGCAACCUUCGGCACUCUGGUGUUGUGAACUACAUCUCCCAUAAUGCUCUAAUGGCAAUAAUGCUGGCAAAACAUCAGGAGAGAUGUAGUCCACGUCUGAAGUCCUGAAGGUUGCUCAUUCCUAUUCUAAACGAAAUUGAUAAAAUAGGUAAACAAACAUUGGGCUUCACUGACGUGUGUCUGUUUUUCUUUUUUGAGAGCGCUUGAGUCAAACGACCAUAUUUAAAUUGAAGUAGCCAAGUUAGAUGAAUUCACAAAUUUGGUAAAGUUUGAGAUUUUCUUUCUAUUUAUUUCUGUAGCUUAAACCUUGCGUUCUCCUCUCACUAUAGCUCACUGUAUAAUCAAUAAACUCCUGGCAGUCUGGCAAUUCCUUUGGCGGUGUCCUCAUCGCUUUAAAAAUAUAUUUUUUCUUUUAACAUUAAUCUGUGUAUUGUAGUAAAUUAAAAACCGAAGUUCAAAACUAGACUAAAAUAGGCAAAUUGGAAAAAGAUUUGAACUGUUGAACAUAAUUCACCAUUUAUUAAAUAACCCAUGAUCGGACUCUAGGGAUUCUUUAUUUUUGGGGUAUCCAUCAAUCCUGUGUUACUUCAACAAGAAAUACCUUGUAAUGAAAGUGCCAGUCGAGUAUUACAAUAAUAAUUGAUUAAUAUUUUGUGGAUCUCUACAACUGAUUAACUUAUAAACUGUUAUCUUGUCUUUUUUAAUUUUUUUAUUCUUAUUUUCUUUCUUUCUUCUUUUUUUUCCCUCAGGAGGUUGUUUUGGGUAUCACCAGUCGUUCUCGUAUGUUUAUUAACAAUUUAACGGUAAGCUCACUUGUGGUCGGCCUUUUGAAGUUUGCCUUUAAAAUACAACAUUUUAAUAAAACGAUUCUUUUUAACAGGUAGCUACAAACAUCACUUCUUUUACCAUACACAAUGAUUUUCUUCUUCUAACAACCCACUCCCACACCUGCCGAUGUGUCUCACUGGAAGACACCACACUGACAGGUAAGUUGCAUGCAUUUCAUUUUGUCUUUAUUUAGCAUUGUACAUCAUGAAGCCCAAAGCAUGACUUGUUUUAACAUCUUAAUACUGCUGUUCAAGCAAGACACAACUUUGUGUUUGAACUCUUUCUGUGUGACUUGUGCUAAUUCCCUAUUGGAUGUUUCCUGUCUGAUUUAUACUUUCCUCCGCUUUAUUGAGACCCAUUUCUCAAUAGAAAGAAUUAAAAAUGUAACUUCACUGCGAUCAGUAAUAUCAUGGACCCUGUAGACAGGCAAACUUUGGCUCUCCAGACGCUGUGGACUACAUCUCCAACAAUGCUCUUACAAUCAUAAUGCUGGCAAAGCAUCAUGGAAGAUGUAGUCCAAAACAUCUGCAGUGCCGAACACUGUCAUAGACCACAAGAGAGAAGUGGAACUUUGUUCUGAGCCUUUGUCCCUCCAGAAAGUCAGGGGAGGUCAGCGUAUCGCUCUGGAUACCUUGAACAGUGGGAGUAAAUAUGAAGUAUAGUCAGGGUCAUCCUGUGAUCAUGGUGUAAACCCUGUCUAGCCAUCCACGGCUUUGCACUGCUACCGACAUCCUCCUGCGGCUCAAAUGUAAGUCUGCAAUAAUAAUUUUAAUUGGUAGGCUUUAUUCACUUAAUUGUUUAUAAUUGAAUUAUAGUAUUUGAGCCUGAAAUAGCAACAUUGGAAAAUACCUUGAAUUCAACUGCGUUUUGGUAAUUCUCACCUAAAGUAAAUAAACCCUUUUCAAUGUCCUCGUGGAUGUGUUUGUGUGUGCACACGCAGCUGUAGAUAUGUGUUUGUGUUUAUAUAAAUGAAUGCUGAAUAAGGGGAAAAUGGGUGUGGGAGAUGUCGAAAACAAUGGAAAAGGAAUACAGUUAAUGCUAGCGAUGAAUCUAAUAUGAGCCCAAAAUCUCUAUCUAACCUUAACCUAAAUAGCAUUAAAAUGAAUGCUUCAUUGUUGUUAACAUCGUAAUUUAUUGUUAACAGUAGAAUAUUAUUUUAUGGUUGAUUAGAUCUUUGCUAUCUUUGUGUCUGGUUGUCUGUCUAUCUACGCACAAAAAAAUAUACAUGUACUACAUAUGUACUUUUAUUUCAUGUUUUUAAAAACCCUAAUGCACAAUGUAAAGGUUCCGUAUUCUCUGGCCUACCCAGGUUUAUCACUCAUGGUCAGUUUUAGUUUGCUGCUCUGUGAUUUAUUCAGUCCCCCUACCAAAAAUGAUAUGCUUGGUGAUCUGAUGGAGUGACAAAAGUGGUACAAUUUGCUUCACUCAUUUCCUCUUCCAGCAUAUUAUUAUAUGGCUGAAUUAAAAGACCACUAAAGUCAACCAGGCCACUUAAUCUCAAUGCAGUGGUCCUUUAGUUUUAUAGAAACUGCAUUGUUUAAAUUGUUAAAUCCACCUCUAGUGCACAUCAUCCUCACAGCCACUAGAGGCUCUUCUGUGGCACUGACGAGUAAAAAUGACUCGGAAGCUCCCAUAGGAAAGCAUUAAUGCACUUAACGUGCAUGCGCAAAAGGUCCAGAUUGCUCCUCUAUGAGGAGCAUUGGAUUGAACCAUCUUGGAGAAGAGACUAUGCCUCCUCCGUGAUGUCGCAGAAGCCGAGAGCUAAGCAGCGUCAAGGGAGCCUCGGCACUGGAAAAAGGCACAUAAAACUUCAUUUAUUAAUUUUUUUUCUGAAAACAUUGAGGUGGACCUAUAUCUUGCUAGGAAUGGGGGUACUAAAGUGUUAGGAAUACAGAGCAAUAUUUCUAAUGUUUAAGUCUUCAUUUAAGGGCAAAAGAUGCAAAUAGCAGCUGCUGUCCAGUUGUAUUGCUCCAUUCAAUCUCAGGCAGACCUUAAACAGUCGUAACACAGACAAAAAACGUAAUACAUGUAUUCAUACAGAUUGGCCAUUUUUAGUUUUGUUCAUUAAAACACAAACAAAAAAGCAAAACGAAUAUUCAAGUGCUUGAGUAUAAAUGUACACAAACUUUCCUAAUAGCAUUGGAAGCUCUGCUGACCAGCACCUUGAGCCCAAAUGAUGAGACUGUACGCAAAGUGGAGAGAGGGUCAAGGAUUGUCACGGUGGUUCCUCAGGACACUAAAGUAAUCUUGCAGGUAAUAUCAUUGUAUAAAUGGAUGUGAGUGCAUAAAAUCUAAGAACGUAUGUGUGUGAUAUACUAUAACAUUAGAGAGCUCAAAGUUUCCACUCGUCACUUUCUAUUGGUAAGUCGAAAUUCACCCCAGGGGAGUGAGCCAUGGAUCCUUCAGGCUUGCAGUGGCGAUUUAACUUUUACUGGCUGGUAGUGUAUGGCUUCAGAUUCUAACUCUAUCAUGGCUGUUCACAGUGAGAAUUCAAAGUGAAUUCAGAGGGAAUUUCAAAUUUAAGGACAAAAUAGCUAAACUGGAAGAAUUGGCAGAGGCAUGUUCUGCUGGGAAACCUUCCGUCCUGGCAUUCAUAUAGAUUUUACUUUGGCACGUACCACCUACCUAGAGAUUGUUGCAGACCACUUACACCCCUUCAGUGGCAAGGCUGUUCAGCAGGAUAAUGCACAUUGUCACGUUGUAAAAAUUGUUCAGGAAUGGUUUGAAGAACUUGACACAGAGCUCAAGGUGUUGCUUUGGCCUCCAAAUUUCCCAGAUUUGAAUACACGAGUAUCUCUGGGAUGUGCUGGAACAACAAAUCCGAUCCUUGGAGGCCCCAGCUUGCAACUUGCAGGACAUAAAGGGACAGUAUAGCCAUCAGAACAACAACUUAUUGUCGUUCUGAUGUAAGUAUGUCCCGCCAGGCUUUUUAAUAUAAACAUGACCUUUUCAGAGAAAAGGCAAUGUCUACAUUACUGUCUGGUAACACCUGAGUGACGACCACAAGCGGUGCUUCCUGGGUUAUGCAGCACCAACAUUCAGCAUCUCCACGCUCUGCAAGGAGACUUCUACAAUGCAACUUUACUCAUAUCGUUGCAUUGAUUCAAUGGAUCUCUAUAUGGAAAUGCUGAUUGGAGCAGUGCAGUGUUUUGUCACGCAUGUGCAAUAUCCUCCUAAUGCUUUCCUAUGAGAAAGCAUUGGAUUGGCUGAGAUUGUCAAGUUUGAUGAUCUCAGGCCAGGAGGCGGGGCCAGCCACGAGGAGACCCGCAUGGCACUGGAAUAAAGGUGAGUAAAAUCACCUUUUACUUUGCUGACAGGGGCCAACCACCUAAACUAUGCUUUAACAGAUAUUGACAGAAAUACAUUUUUGUAUUCCUGUCACUAUAGUGUUCCUUUAAAGGAUCUGCUGCUAAUGUCUUGGUGCCAGAUACCACAGGACAUAUUCAGAUUUUCUGAGGUUUAUUCACUGCACUGACCAGGAGGCCUAGAAGUUCUAAAAAGUGUAACUGUCACCAUUGAAACCAAUGGAACGUUCCAACUGCUUGCUCCUAAUUUAGAGUUUUUGUUCUUAAUACAUAACCCUUGCAUUUUGCUUUCGUCUUGCUUGCAGUAGAUUUUUGUAUAUCACCUAACGCUAGACAAUUCAAAUAGUGACCGUAUCUUUCCACAGAUGCCAAGGGGAAACUUAGAAACUAUUCACCACCGAGCACUGGUUCUAGCUCAUUUACGGAAGUGGCUAGACAGGUGAGUGACUUUAAAUUGAAGAAGUAUGAUAAACAAAUUGCACAUCAUUCAUUUUAAAAAUUGACACAUUAUCUGCCCUAAUGGUAUCAGCGUUAAUCGACAUAGGAUCAGUGGGUUCAGUCCUGAAUCCUAUUAUAGAGCACUUCGAAAUAAUAGAAUCCCCAAAAACAGAUACAUUAUAAAUGUCAUUUACUUCUGCCUGUGGCAGCACCUAUCAAAAAUAAGCUUUGUUCCUUUUCAUUCACAAUUUCAAAAUCAUUGCGGUAACGUCAGAUCAAAGGAGCACUAUAAUUGUUUAUGCACUUUGUGUUUUUAGUAGGAGAAACCACAACUUUAGCCAUUAAGUAUGGUCAUAAUAGCAGUUAGAGCUUACAGAUUGGAUUGACCAUUAGCACUGACUCUAAGAUCAAGGCAGCGCACAUUGUGAGCUCCCACAAUGCACUGCUCAGCAUUGCACUCUGCAUUAGAUGUCUGCACACUCGCAGUGGUUGCAGUACUGGCAAUGUGUAUCGCGUUACUGCCAGUAUAAUGUCAGUGUCAUAUUGUAACUGGCCAGUUAUAGAAAUGCAUGCUACAUGGCUCUAAUAAAAUGAUAAACUUGGUGAUGCCUCUUUUUUUGAUGGCAGAAUCCCGACUAUUAAAUCCGGUAUUUAAAUCCGGUGCAAAUUUGUAUUGGCAUGUGUCUACCUUGUGAAGAAAAUAGUUUUUUUUUUCACAAAAAUGCAAUAUUCUAAUUUACCGGUUAUAUUUCAGCUUGUUGUUUAAAGAAGCUUUUGAGUGUAUGAGGAAACUCCGGAUUAACCUCAAUUUAAUUUAUGAUCACAAUCCAAAGGUAUGCAUUUGCAUCUUGUAUACAUAUAUACACGUUUAAUUAAGUCUUCAAUAACUCUUUCUUAAUAACUAUUAUAUCUUGUUACAGGCAUUUCUGGAUAACGUGGGCCUGUUCAUCAAUCAGAUUGAUUCAGUGAAUUAUAUCAAUCUGUUUUUGACAGAAAUAAAGUGAGUAUAUUUCAGUCAAUAAAGCAGGUGGGAGAACUUGUCUUUGUGAUAUUUAUUGCCUCAGGCAGAUCCAAAUCUGGAUUUCCUCUGUGCUUUACACUGGUGGGGAAUUGUCAGAUUUUAUUUGGUCAUUCUUAAAAAUUAAAGUUACCCUCUCACCAUCAGAGGUUUUGCACAUUUUGCAAAGACUCCCAGAGGUGACAUUUCCCCCAAGGUGUAUAGCUGCCUGGGAGUGAAGAAAAAGGUAGUUGUACUUACCUGGUGAGUGAAGAAGCCAUCUUUCUUUAGCUCCUGCUGCUUCAUCUGCCAGGAGUUGCAUCACUGCUGUUUUCUUGCACAUGCGCAAGAGUUCAGCAUGAAACUCAAUGAAGGAUCCACAGGAUCCUCCAGAGACCAAAUGCCUGUUUUCUAUAGCCAUCACUAGCCGCAACCGUGGGAAAAAACUGUGUGGUUGCUGAAAUUCCAUUUUUAGUCAAGUUAUGUCAACUUUAAGACAAGAGAGAGUAGAACAUAUUUUAUUUUUUUAAUCUUUGGAUGAAUUGGAAUUUUAAUGAAUUAUUAUAAGUAUUUAGGAAGAUUUUAUCUCUAUGAAAUACUCAAAAUUAUGUUGUGGUAAGAGAGUGGCUUUAAAGUGAACCGGUCAUGGGACUUUAUAUCACCGAUGCCCGGGACAUGCAGUUCCAGGCGCCAAGCACAAAGUUUUUUUAUUCUUUUAGCCCUGCCAUGGGCAAGUAGCAAGGCCUUAAGGGAAUUGGUGUCGGGCAGGGAGUGUCUCUCAGUCAGUGUGUGUGCCACUGUGCAGUGUUUUUUGUAUGGGUCAGUCAGUCAGUGAGUGUGUUAGUGGAUGUGUGUGUUUGUGUAUGUAUUAGUCAAUGUGUGUUGGUGGAUCUUUGUGACAGUGUGUUUGUAUUUGAGUCAGUCAGAGUGUGUGUCAUUGUGCAGUGUGUUUUUUGUAUGGGUCAGUCAGUCAGUGAGUGUGUUAGUGGAUGUGUGUGUUUGUGUAUGUAUUAGUCAAUGUGUGUUGGUGGAUCUUUGUGACAGUGUGUUUGUAUAUGAGUCAGUCAGAGUGUGUCAUUGUGCAGUGUUUGUGUUAAUUGAGAAGCAUUUGAUCGGACGAUUCUAUUGACUCAGUGUAUGCGCAUUCUUUGAGCUGGGUAGGGGAGAUGUGGAUGGACUGGAGAGGGAGUGAAUUAAAAUAUAUAAUUCUGUCUGUUCACAGUACGCUGACGACAGAUGUAAGUUUUGCACAAAAUUUACAUUAGGCAUGUGUUUCGUGUGUGCAACUAACUCCUGGCACAGAACUGCAGAUUACUCUGCACAUACAGACUUCUACAUCCAUAGCCACUUGUAAAAGCAGAAGUGGUCAUGGUGGUUGGAGUAACCCUUUAAUAUUUUGGUUGAGCUUUUCAAACUAUUUUGCAACCAAACAAAUCCCAUAGAAUUUAAAAGUAACUUCUGUAAAUAAAUAAUUUUAAAAGCUGAUCCAAAAUGAUUAAAUCUCGUCCUUUAUUUGCUAAAAGAAAUUUACAUUUAUUUAUUGUGGCUUUGUGAAUUAUACUGUGUUUGCUUAUACUGUAUCUCUGUUCACAGAGAAGAAGAUGUAACUACUACAAUGUAUCCCACUGAAGCUGUAUCGGUCAAACCGCCAUCUCAGAGCCUAGACGUUAAAAAGGUGGACGUUAUUUGUGAUGCGAUGAGAGCAGCCAUGGAGAACCUCAAUCCCCAGAAGUAUGUACUCUGUACUUGCUCCUGUAAUUUGGGAGAUUGUCUGCUCCUUGCUCUUUACGUGAUUCUAAAUUGUUAACCAGAUGCCGUUGGUAGAAUUGUCUCGUCCGCAUAGAUUUCAGUGAUGUAUGUAAAAGUAUUAUUAUGGAGACUAGCUGGACAAGGUCAGCAUGAACAAAAUGUCUUUUUAACCAAUCGCACAUUGUUACUUCCACCAUUCACCCUUGAUCUCUGAAAUCUUUGAUGUGUUUUAGAUUUUGGUAUUUACUGUAACUUUAAGAAGAAAUAAAAACCUUCCUAAAAUAUAUAUCAUCCUUACCCAUAAAACAUAUUGUAAUAGUCAUUUCAAAAUAUAUUUAUUUAAAAAGAUAUCUAUUAGCCGAUCCAAUCGUUGGGCUUUCUCUUCGUCUUCUACAACUCCCAGGUACUGUUUAUCAAUACUCACUUCCUAUGUCCGGAAAACCAGACCAGAAUUGGAAACGGCUCUACAGAAAGUACAUGAGUUAAGAGGUAAUACUGGCUUACUUUUGUCUGAUUAUCUGUCGUGUCUAUGAAAACACACACUUAAGGGGUCUUAUCUGAGUAACAGAAAAUAAGAAAAGUAUAUUUUAAAAAAACUAACAAUUUUGGCCUAAUUUAUGGUUUUCGGUAGCCUUAAGAUUCUGAUGUUUAGCAAAUAAACCAUAACUAUAAAGAGAACUAUUACAUGUAAUGCAAAGUAUCCGUAAAGGUAGAGUGAGCUGAAAAAGUUAUAUAACAAACUUCUUAUGACAACAAAAGGGACAUAUAAUUGUAAUGUAUCAGAAGUAACAUUAGGUUUUAGAUCUGCAUUAUUGUGGCGCUAAAAUGAGCCAAAGGCAAGUUUCUUGUUAAAGGGGCACCCCCAGUCUCUUAAAGUACUUCAGCUUGCAGAUUUAAAUAGAAAUUGGCACUUUUAGAUAUUAGCCUUGUAACACCCCCUUAGCGGUCAAUCAGACAGUCAGUGCUGUUACUUGCUUAGCUCAGUGGAGCUAAACUCAAAAAGCUGGCAAUUGCCCAGAGCACCUGCCUUGCAAAGACUUCUCAUUAAACCGCUCAUUGGGACGUAUAUGAUUGGACAGCCACAGAAAGCCUGGGCAGGGUUAGAAGGGGAGUGCUUGCAAGGGCUGCAAAUGAGAUCUGCCGCUCUGGUCAAAUUCAAGAAAGUGUUUAUGCACCAUCCUCUUGGAGAAUAUAUCUCUAUAAGCGGUUCUGAUAUUAGAUAGGUGGCCAAUAAUGCAGACAGUCAGCUGGAUAAAAUUGGAAAUCACUGUGCAUUCGUGGUAGUUCCAUAUUAUCAGCGCAACCCUUGGUGCCAGGAAGACCAUUACUAUGGUGCCAGUGCACUGUAGGAAUUCUAACCCCUACAAUUAGUUGCUGUGAUAACCGAACCACAUACAAUUUAUUUGCACAUGAAGGUAGAGUAUCAAUUAUCUCAAAAUCAGUCCUAUAUUCAUCAUUUAGUAUUUUGUUUUUAUACCUCCUAUGUUCUUGCCGAAUGUUUUUUGGUGCUUAAUCUUCCACAAUGUGUUAAAUGACUGGCCAGCCACAGUGCAUGAAAAUUUCUCAGUCGAGGUGCUUCUGACAACUCCAUUCAUUAUUGUCACCUUCUAUGGUGACAAUAAUUAGUCCAAUAUUAGUAAAACAUAUCCUGAUAGAACCAUUUCUCUUCCUUUCAAAGAGAAUCCUCCAUCUACAGAAGCUGUGAGCGCGGAAGAAGCAUUAAAGUACCUGCUAUUCCUGGUGGAUGUCAAUGAGCUGUAUGACCAUUCCCUGGGGACAUAUGACUUUGACUUGGUCAUCAUGGUGGCUGAGAAAUCCCAGAAGGUCUGUGUGCUUUAGAUGUUUGGCAUAUGUGUUACAGGACCACUCUAGCAAACAUACAGACAUUUAUUCCUAACGCUAGAAUAUUGUUAUAACUAUUUCGAUUAUGGAGCCCCCCAAAUUGCAGCAUAUUACUUACUUUAUUUCCCCUGAUGCACCAGUCUUGUCUUGGUCACCCAGCAGAGGGAAGCAUUGGGAGGCUAGUGAGUCAAUCAGCAUCUCCUCAUAAAAUGGAUAAACUGAAUGGAUCUUUAUGGGAAGCGUAUGGCGUCUCCAUGCAGAGCAUUGGCCAUAGAAUUUGCCACCUUAAAGUAUUCCUGACCCUAUAGUGGUAAAACCGCCAUCUAGCCCCCUGGUACCCAUUGCCUACCUAAAUAUAGUAAAAUCUUACUUGUAUUCAAGUCUAAAGAUCCUGGCCCUGCCCCUGUCUGCUUUUGAACUGCCUCUGCCUGCUGACAUCAUCAGAAGUGGUGGCCUGAUCCAGUCACAGUGCUUCCCCAUAGGAUUGGAGAAUGACAAAGAGGCAGAUCAGGAGCAGAGCCAACAUGAUUCAAACACAGCCCUGGCUAAUCAGCAUCUCCUCAUAAAUUGAAUCUCUGAGGAAAGUUCAGUGUCUGCAUGCAGAGGGAGGAGACACUGAAUGUUUGGAUGCAUUUUAGGCAGCCAUGACCCAGGAAGCAUCUCUAACAGCCAUCUGAGGAGUGGCCAGUGAAGUUAUCACUAGGCUGUAAUGUAAACACUGCAUUUUCUCUGAAAAGUGACCUUGCUCCUAAUAGAGGUAUUACUAGACUGCAGUGUAAACACAAUCGUUUCUCAGUAAGGGAAAUGUUUUCACAGCUGAUCCUGCAGGGACAAUCUCUUUGCCCUAGAAGAACUACAUUAAACUGUGGUAGUACUGGUGCCUAUAGUUUCCCUGUAAAUCAGGGGUGGGGAACCUUCGGUCCUCCAGAUGUUUUGGACUACAUCUCCCAUAAUGCUCUUACAGCCAUAAUGUUGGCAAAGCAUCAUGGGAGAUGUAGUUCAAAACAUCUGGAGGGCCGAAAGGUUCCCCACCCCUGCUGUAAAUAAACAAGCUGCAGGACAUGAUACUUUACAAAAAGUUGUUGACUGAUUUCGUUUUUUACCUUUUUUUUAGGAUCCAAAAGAAUAUCUUCCCUUUUUAAAUAAACUUAAAAAAAUGGAAAUGAAUUACCAAAGAUACACAAUUGACAAACAUCUUAAACGAUACAAAAAAGCACUUGGACAUCUCUGCAAAUGUGGUAGGUUUAUUAUUUUAAAACCUUUCAAAACAAAAAACAAUUGAAUUAAUUUUUGUGAAUUUCCAACGGUUAUGUUAAAGCCACAAAUAUAUGUGUGUGAGAGAAGAUAAAUAAAUGUACACAGUGCUUUCUGAAUGGGAAGGUACAUUGCUGGACCCAGACUCCAGCGGGCGUCUAAAACACCUGGGAUUAUAAACCUCAAACCAUAGGUGAUCCAGUUUGUAACAACGAAUUGUGCGUAUGUGCACUGGAACUGGGAUGAUUUUUAUAGUACCAUGUGACACCGUUAUGAAGACAUUAUGGAAAAAUGGGCAGUUUUUCAUUCCACUGCAUUGGAAGCGUGUUUAGACUCCCUUGAGCAAACCUAUUACAGGGGGUGCAAUUACCAUUGCUUAUGCUCAACCAAAGAAGAAUGGUGUCUGGAAUGUGACAUAUGUUAUAUAUUUUUAUACAUUCAUAUUAAAUUAGAUCAAUUACUCAAUAUAUAGGAACUGGAGAGGGUUUGACUCAACAUACACUUUGGCACCACAUGUGCCUUAUUUUUUUGCAGGAAGGGUAUAUACUAGACGUGUGCAAAGAUUUGUUUGGAACUUUCGUCCAAAUCGCGUGACUUUUAAUCCUCAUCCGAGACUUAUCUGUGAAGUCUUAUUCAAUCCCAGGAUGAUCGGUUUGUCCAGGUGUGGAUUUAAAGGCGUCUCCAAAAUUAACUUUUGUACAAGUCUAGUGUAUACCCUACAUCAUAAACAUGCAGAAUCUUAAUAUUAACUAGCAUUUCCCUGUACGAGACAAAACUAAAGCAUGGGUUUUUAUUUGUUGAAACAAUUAGAAAGCACGGGAGUGGAAUAUAAACUUUCUGACGUUUCUGCGAUUUAACAUUGGUUUAACCUUUGCAUUUUCAGGACCAGAACAUUUUGUAGAGUUUUUGAACCUAGUCAAAGAUCAGAAUUUAUACACAGAAGCUUUAAAACUCUAUUCAACUUCUACCUGUGAAUAUAAGGUGGGUAGCAGUUAGCAUGUUUGAACUACAGACACAAGAAAUGUUUUCAGUUAAUUAAAUGAAAUUUCUCUUGAUUACAUAAAAAAAAUUAUUUUACCAAAUAGGCAAAUCCCCCAUUUUGCCAUCACAAGGUGAACUCUAGAACUGGUUUAGUAGGUAGCUUUUUUUUAAAUGAUGCCUUAUUUUUAUUUAGCUUGCAUAUAUUGUUAAAGGAUUACUAUAGGCAAUAAACUUUAGCUUACUAAAGCAGUUCUAGUGUAUAGAUUCUGUCCGCUAUAGUCUCACUGCUCAAUUCUCUCCCAUGAUGGGUAUAUAACCUCUAACCUCGCAUUUAAAAAAAAAAUUUUUUACAGGCAAUCAAUGAUGCAUAUGGAGAGCACUUGAGUUCAAAGCAUCAGUAUGAGGAAGCAGGUCUGAUCUUUGCUCGCUGUGGCAAUCACAAGGCGGCUCUGGAUGCUUUUGUCACUUGUAAUAACUGGCAGCAGGUCAUGUGCACGGCUUCUCAACUCAAGUAUUCCAACACCGAAAUAGCUGCUUUGGCUAGAAGUGUGGCCGGUGAGUGAGAGAUGACUCGUGGUGUGGUAAUACCAGCCAAUAUUGACCGCAUGUAAUAUUCAUUUGAAAUGGAAAGUAAACCAUUGAACUGGUCAGAAAAAUAAAAUCUGUAAAGGCAAAUUAAAAUAAUAUAUGCUAUUUUACUCAUGCUGGUCCUGGUAUAUUUCUCUCCUGCUCCUGACUCCCCUGAGUUAGUGACAGUUCUAAGUGACGUUCCCCCAUAACUGGUCUUGCAUUUUAGUAAAUUUUUGUGUGUAAAAUCUAUAAAGGGGGACCUACCAACACAACUUACAAAAAUCUCUACUCCAUGUAAAUUACCGUUUACGUGGAACAAAAAAAAGUGCAAAAUGUAGAAGAGAAAUAGAAAUGAAUUGCCUGCUAAUAUCCUGGCGUUUUUCGACGAUGUAUUGCUGGUUUGAUGUAAUGCAUCUCUUUCUCGUUCUGCUUAGAUAAACUAGUUGAGCAGAGGAAGCAGGCUGAUGCGGCGGUGCUUCUAGAACAGUAUGCUGAGGUAUGGUUCCUCUGGCCUUUCUGGAGAUGCAAAUAUAUUUUCAUGUGCAGUAACUUCUUUAUUUACAUAGAAACAUAGAAUGUGACGGCAGAUAAGAACCAUUCGGCCCAUCUAGUCUGCCCAAUUUCCUAAAUACUUUCAUUAGUCCCUAGCCUUAUCUUAUAGUUAGGAUAGCCUUAUGCCUAUCCCACGCAUGCUUAAACUCCUUUUACUGUGUUAACCUCUACCACUUCAGCUGGAAGGCUAUUCCAUGCAUUAUCUUUUUUCAAAAUGGUUUAAAUCCCUUUAAAGGCAGACAUGCUUAGCAUUUUGUUCCAUCAAUGCGCAUGUGAUCUAAUAUGGCAAACAUUUUUUAGGUGAGGCUUAUGCUGAAUUAUGUAUAUUGUUGUUAAAACUUUGAAGAUUUGUUAAAAAAAACAAAAAAAAAACACAUCAUCAUCAUUUGGAGACCAGAAAACACUCAUAUUCUUUAUUAUGUACAAUGUGCUUAAAGAGAUUCUCCAGUGCCAGGAAAACAAACCCGUUUUCCUGGCACUGUAGAAUCCUGCAGUGCCCCCCUCCUUCCUUCUCCCCAUCCCAUGUCCCCUUCAGACACUUACCUGAAUCCAGCGCUGAUGUCCCUCUGUGCUGGGUCAGGCUCCGCCCACGCUCCUUCCCUGACGAUGUCCGCCGGUCGGGGAGACCUAAUGCGCAAGCGCGGCAAUGGCUGCGCGCAUUAGACCUCCCCAUAGGAAAGCAUUAUUCAAUGCUUUUCUAUGGGGAUUCCGGCGACGCUGGAGGUCCACAUGCAGAGCAUGAAAAGUCGUCCAAAAGUCAUCUAAGAACCCGGAAGUCCCUCUAGUGGCUGUCUGAUAGACAGCCACUAGGGAGGACUUAACCUUGAGAGGUAAUUAUUGCAGUUUAUAAAAGCUGCAAUAAUUACACUUGCAGGGUUUAGGGUGAUGAGAGUUGGCACCCAGUCCACUUCAAUGAGCAGAAGUGGUCUGGGUGCCUACAGUAUCCCUUUAAAAUCUACUCAUGCCAGGUUCAAUCAGUUGCAGAAGUCAUUAACUUUUUAUAGAACAUUAAAAACUGAAAUUAGAAAGACCGCAAUGUUGCAUUUACCAUUGUAACCACUAAUCUAUACGUAUAGAUAAUGGUCCUGUUUUGAGGCUAUAUCAGUUUGCCACCUUCCAUGUAGAGCGGUACAUUACAAUUAUUAUUUAUUCCAUUUGUUAGGACUAUGAAGAAGCCAUUGUGUUGCUGUUGGAAGGAGCGCUCUGGGAAGAAGCCUUGAGGCUUGUAAGAUUCAUUGAAAUAUUUCCGUGUUAAGUAAAAGUUUGUGCUUGCUUGGGCUACAUAUACUGUGUAAAUACUUCCAAAAUAUUACAUUGUUUCUUUUAGUUUGAUCUUUAUUUUAUUGUUUUGAUGCAGUUACAAGAGUAGUCCAUAUAAAUGUAAUAUACAAUAUAGCAUUAGACAGGAUAGUGUUUGAAGUUAUCACAAAAGAACUACUAACAACCAGCUGACAUAAUGCAGGCGUGUAGCUAAGACUGGAACGAUCUAUAGAGAGGUCUCCAGAGUGAGCUCAACUGGGUCAGUGGGAAUGGGAAACAAUGGCCAGAUAUGCCAGUAUACAUGUUGAUUAUGUGCCAAAACUUGUAAAGACUUUCGAUUCAUGCAUCUGCAUAGUAUGGAAUUCAGGCCCCAUCCCCAGUGUUGCCUUAUUUUGUGUUUUAAUGUAUUGUUGCUUUAAUUCAGAUCCAUAAAUACAGACGACUUGAUAUGUUGGAGACCAACUUAAAACCUGCUCUGUUGGAAGGUAAGGCCAACGGAAAUGCCACCAUGAAAAUGUAUUUAGCCGAUGUGUAUCCUGACUUGUGUGAUACAUGUGUGUUAGUAUGAGAUUAUUGAAUAUAUAAAUGAAUCCAUUUUACUUAAGAUGUGUGUAUCACCUUUAACCCCUUAAGGACACAUGACAUGUGUGACAUGUCAUGAUUCCCUUUUAUUCCAGAAGUUUGGUCCUUAAGGGGUUAAAGGAACAUGUCCAUGCACCAUAACCACUACAGCACACCACAGUGGUUAUAGUGCCAAGAGUGCCCUGGUGGUUCUUUCAGAACAGUUUGACAGCUUUCCAGGCGCCUGCCACGUCCUCCCAUGCUCACAGAAGCUCUUGCCUCUGAGUAAUCCCAGCAAUGCAGGGCCGCGCUCAUUGACUGUGAGCAGUCAGCUGACACUCUCAGCCAAUACACACAGCGGCAGCAGCCACCCAAAAAGGCUGAGUUAGUUGUCAAACCAUUCUUAUAGGACAUGACUACUUACUUUGAGAUGGCGCAUGGGCACUCUUGGCACCAUAAAUAUUACAACCUCUUUCGUGGUUACGGUGUUUGGAGUUUCCUUUAAAACAGAAGUCUAAGUUAUAUUAAUUGGGUAUAUGUACUACUUAUUAUGAAGUUAGUUGUGGGCUAAAUCUGCAUUGCACAGGUGGUAUCCCACAUGCAUUGAGCCACUGGGGUUUGUUGAGUCUAAAACAGCAAGAUGGUAGCACACUCAUACUGUGUAAACUAAAAAGCAAGAUUAAACAGAACGAAGGUGAGAGUUCUACUUCAGAAUCAAGAGAGAGUCCAAAAUCAGGUCAUGUUCCAUGCACCACAUUCCCAUCUGAUAUGUGAUCCUUAAGGACCAUAAGAAUUAUUUCGGCCAUUCAUCUGAAUGGGAUAUUAAAUGUGUUUAUUUUACUAUGUUUUCCAUUUGUGAUCUUUUGGAUUGAUAACUCUUAUUAUUUUUACUGAGGACUGCUACGUAUAUAUUAUGCAAUACCUUUUUAAUUUUCUGUAGAAAAUAAAUGUAUAUAUUUUAUUUAGAAAUAUUUUGCUAGUUGUUUUCUUCUGCUCAAGGUUUUUUGUUUUUUUCUUUGUCUCAUUUAGCUCAUAGAAAUCACAUGGUGUUCCUGGACAGCCAGAAAUCGACCUUCCUGCGUCACAAGCCUCGUUUGUCUGUGGUGCGAGAGUUGAAGGAGAAAGCUCAGCAAGGUCUUUUAGGUAGAUACCAGAUAUUUUUAGAAAAAUUUAUGUUGGUCCACUAGUGAAUAGAUAAGGACUCAAAACAUCCACCGGCCAUUGAAAAUUCAGCCACGGCAAGUAGAAAUAUCGAUAUUUUAAGACCUGGAAUUGAGUUUAGAGAGAAAGGGGAUUUUCAUUCGAUAUCCAAUGUAGCUUCGAUUCUCCCCACUGCCCAACAACAGAGAUCUCACUCCUCAGAAUUCCUUAAAGCACAACAUUCCAUGGUGCUCAUACUUUUUGGCCUAUUUGCUACGAUCAUCAUAUAGCAAUUAACUUUUGGCUACAGUUAAUAUCGUAAUGCCCACAGUUACAUGUCUUUCAUCCUACCAGUACAGCCAUCUUUAUGCUAUCUCCUUUAACAAGUCAUACACUUUAACCAUUUCUCUUUUCCUAAAACAUAUGGCUCAGUCCUUGAUACUAUUUUGUCCUCCUGUGUUGCAUGUUUAGCUGUCACAAUGUAAAGUUAUAGAACAAAUGUAUAGUGUACCUUUGCUUCCCAAACCUCGCCGUGAUGAACACUUUGACAAUCACUUUUUGUCUAAUGAUCCGACAACUGGAAAAUCCCGAACAUGUUCAGUUAAUACAAGUUGUGCAUGGUCAAUAUGUAUAAGCUCUUCCCGAUUUCUCUACCUUUAAUAGUGAAUAGCUUCCUUUUUUAUUGUCAACUUUAUUGCGCUUUGGUGAUGGCACUUCCCUCAAAAAAUAAAGCAUAGAUAUGUUCUUUGAUGUACAUUGUGUCUGAUUAAUCUGUCCUCUAUUGUCCCAGAUGAGGAAGUCACUGAGGGGCCAGACUCGGACUUGUUCUCUGAAACCAGUAGCAUCAUGACUGCAAGUGAUAUGAGUGGAAAGUACUCCCAUAGCAACUCAAGGAUCUCUUCGUAAGUUUGUUUCCUGAGGUUCUCUAAUCAAAGCGAAUACUGCAGUGGCAUGAUCUACACACCAAAACUGCUUAAUUAAGCUAAAGUUGUUUUGGUGACUGUUGUGUCCCUUUAAGUAAGCAGCACUAUUGUGUAUAUACGUCCACUGCAAACCCCUUGAAACCUAAGGGAGGACUAGGAUUAGCUGAGAGAAUCUUCUUAAGUUUUUAUCUUAAACCUAUCUAUGUGUGCUGUGUGGGCUUUUGAGGAAUAGCAACCUCCUAAUUUUUUCUUAUGCAGGAGGUCAUCAAAGAACCGCCGAAAAGCAGAGAGAAAGAAGCACAGCCUAAAAGAAGGAAGUCCUCUGGAAGACGUGGCUCUGUUGGAAGCUUUGGGAGAGAACAUCCGUGCGACCGAUAAACUAAGAAGUAAGUGAUAGCAUUAUACUAAAUACACAAUUAAAAUAUAUACUGCUCAUCACUUCAUUAGAAUAGUAAUUUACUUUUAUCCAGCAUAGGAGAUCAGCUGCCAAUGGCCAUGGCUUGGAUGGGCCACAGUGCUUAUGGGUAUAUUGAUGUAUUUAGAGAAGGAAUAGUUUAGCAUUUUACGGGUUGGAAUCUUGUAUGCAUUAAGUUAUAGGGUAACUGGGUAAGUUCAUUGUUUAUCAAUUUCUUCCGUUUUCUUUAAUCAUGGCUGUGCGUAUACAGGGUUAUUCACUGAAGUGAGACCUGAACAAGUUUGAUCCUUCAUAGAAUCCCAAGAACCUUUGGCAAGUUUUCGUCCCCCUCCUACCGUAGUGCAGUUUCAUGCUCCACUUUCCACUGGCCUAUAAUUCAAGCUUCAUUCUGCUUAAGUGAUAUUAAAUAGUUGUGUUAUAUCUCCGAUUUCCUGGCUUAGGUAUGCUUUUCUACAUCUUGUUUGAAAACACACACCUUAGACCCCCUAUACAGCUUAUUUGUAAAAUAAAUACUGACAUCAUUAUGAAAGACUCAAUAAUGUUAUCAACCGAAAUAUCAAAUAAAUAGUUUUAAAAAAUUAAUCCGCUUAUCUUUGCAAAUUAAACUCCGUGUAUCCUUUCCCAUUCUAUCAUGUUGUCUAUCUGAUUAGGUGAGAUUCACAGCCUGUUGAAAGUACUUGUUCUCUUUGAAUUUGAUGGUCAGUCGAGAGAGCUCCAGCAGACAUAUGAUGAGUUACUACAGCUCAUGGAGUCAUCCAUUCCAGAAAUCUGGACUUCGAGUAUCCUGCCAAGCACUGCAACACCGGUAAGUUUAUAAUUUAUCUCCACUGGGAUGUACAUUACUAAUAUUAAACGGACACUAUUGGCAUAAGAACAACUUUAGCUUAAUGAGGCUGUGUAGAUCAUGCCCCUGCAGUCUUGCUGCUCAAUUCUUUACCAUUUAGGAGUUAAAUAACUUUGUUUAUGCAGCCCUAGUCAUACCCCCCUGUAUGUGACUUGCACAGCCUUCCUUAAAAAAAAAAAAAAACACUUGCUGAAAAAAAAGCACCUAGAUAUUUUAGGUUCCAGUCUGUUUAAUCUAGAAUUUAUAAUCUACUGCUCUGUUAAUAGCCUUAUAGAGCCUCCUGUGUGUGAUAUAAGUUCAAUUUACAGAGCAGGAGAUAAAUUCUAAUACACGUUACAUCUAAUCUAAAAUAAAACCAUUAGUUUCAUGCAGGGUGAGAGAGUCAGAGCUAGUGUUGUGUGGCUAGUAUAAACAGAAACUAAAGUGAUUUCACUCCUAAAUGGCAGAGAAAAGAUAUUUAACUCUUAAAUUAGUAGUGAGACUACAGGAGCAUGAUCUAUACACAAAAGCUGCUACAUUAAGCUUACAUACUUAUGUGGUUUAAUUAUUAUAAAGGUAUAUAAACCAUACUGACUGCAUUUGUUUAAAUCCGUAUGAACCUACGGGGUUCAUCAACAUCCUGAACUGCACUGGCAAAUGCCGACUUCUGUAUUUUCUACAAAUAUAUCGCAGAUUUCUAAGCUUUCUGUAUAGUGAUGGCACGUGUUAUUAGAGUUCGCACGUCCCAAUUUUUGUAAGAUUUAUAAGAGUAAUAUUUGCCCUAUAACUGCCAACAGCUGAAUGCAAUGUCCACGUAAGACUAAUAAAUUAAUAAUUAGAACACUGGUAGUGCAGCAAAACCCCUGAGAAAGCUAGAAAUUACAGGGAUUGUAAAGUGCCUUUCACUUUAACGUAUAUACAAUUUCAGAGGCAGUGCCACUUUAAAUAGCAUAAUCCGUAUUUCAUGAACGUGUUCCUUUACAAACUGAUACCGAGGAGCUGAUGAGGUGAAAUCCAUUUGCUGUCAUUUUCUAGGUGCUCGGACCUCAUUCAACUGCAAACAGCAUUAUGAAUUCUUACCAGCAACAAGGGAAGAUAAAUAAUCCAACACAAGGUAAGAGCUUGGCAGAAAGGAUUCUGACACAUUGGGGGUGAAGGUUUUAUAGUGCAUAGUGGUAGGAUGAGAUACAUAUAUGCAGAUCGCUUUUAUCCAACAUAAUCACAUAUAUAGAAAUGUAUCUGGGAUCCCUGGCAACCUACAAUUGGUUCUCAUUUCAAAUUAAUGCCUCCUACUAAUUUUUACUACAGAAUCACUUCAGAUUCUGAGAAGAAACAGAUGGGAGUGCAUUCAUUUUAGUGACCAUAUUUGGAAUUUCGAUAGCUACACCAUUGGCUAAAUUCUAAACUGAACAGCAAUAGUAUCAGUUUCUACACAUCAAGACAUAGAUUAUAUAUCGUUAUCUAGAACGUAAAACAGGUUUAUGUCAUUUUAAGGAAACCUUUAAAGUACAGCUCUGUGAUCAGACAUGUGGUAAAAUAAAUCUACAAGUAACAAAUCGUGGUUUUCCAUCCACUAAAUAUAUUUUCCUAUAAUGAAAUAAAAUGAUCUGGUAAUAAUUACUUGUCCGUUUAAUUCUUAUUUCCAUCUUUUGUUGCAGAUGCUGAGCUGUUUGUUGCUCCAAAACUUAUGAAAAACGUGCAGUGGAAACUGAGCCUUCUUCAGUAACAUGACAACUUACCUUGCCCCUCGUUCUAUGGGACAUUAAGUACAAUACGAGAGGUAGACUGAUCCCCUGCAGUGCUGCAUACAUUAUAACCGUAGCCAGUGAGGACUCCCCACACUGCAAGAUGGCAUGCAUGCUGGAUAUAUUUAAAUAACCCUUUUUAUGUUUUGACUGGAAGAGAUUUCAUUGCUUUACUUAUUUAGGUGUAUAUUAAAAUACUUUUUUUGUUACACUA